AUGGGAAGAAAAGAGUAUGGAGAAGGAAAGGAACUGCUCAUGAUCCAAAGCAUACCACCUCAUCAGUGAAGCAUGGUGGUGGUAGUGGCAUGGCCUUGGCAUGUAUGGCUGCCAAUGGAACUGGUUCUCUUGUAUUUAUUGAUGAUGUGACUGCUGACAAAAGCAGCAGGAUGAAUUCUGAAGUGUUUCGGGCAAUAUUAUCUGCUCAUAUUCAGCCAAAUGCUUCAGAACUCAUUGGACGGCGCUUCACAGUGCAGAUGGACAAUGACCCGAAGCAUACAGCAAAAGCAUGGCUGUGUGUCAGUGGCAGGCAGUGUGUGCUCAGUGCAGUGUGUCAGUGGCAGGCAGUGUGUGCUCAGUGCAGUGUGUCAGUGGCAGGCAGUGUGUGCUCAGUGCAGUGUGUCAGUGGCAGGCAGUGUGUGCUCAGUGCUGGGUGUCAGUGGCAGGCAGUGUGUGCUCAGUGCUAUGUCAGUGGCAGGCAGUGUGUGCUAACUGAUGUGUGUCAGUGGCAGGCAGCGUGUGCUCAGUGCUGUGUGUUAGUGGCAGGCAGUGUGUGCUCAGUGCUGUGUGUCAGUGGCAGGCAGUAUGUGCUCAGUGCUGUGUGUUAGUGGCAGCCAGUGUGUGCUCAGUGCUGGGUGUCAGUGGCAGGCAGUGUGUGCUCAGUGCUAUGUCAGUGGCAGGCAGUGUGUGCUCAGUGCUGUGUGUCAGUGGCAGGCAGUGUGUGCUCAGUGCUGUGUCAGUGGCAGGCACGCAGUGCAUUGUGGGUGUGCAGGAGCCUGCGGAGGGAGGCGGAUGGAGAGCCGGUAAGUGAGAGGGAGGGAGGAGGAGCGGAGGAAUCACAGGGGGAGGGAAGCCGCCGCCGCCGUUGUUUAAAGGGGUACCGUUAAAUAGGAAUAUAGAUCCGGUGAGUAGAAUCGCCUUAUCUCCUCGUGUGAUCCCUGUAUCCGGGCGGUGAGCUAACGGGGGUGGGGUGCAGGCCGUGCCGCCUUAAGGGCCGAGGGGACUGGCAGCGGCGGGGUUAACCUGAGCCAGCUGCCGACAUCUUCCUUCCUUCCCGCCCGCCCGCCCGUGCUGUGGGCCUGGGAGCUGCCUGUGUGGCUGGAGCUCUCUGUGCCUUUAAGGCGGGGAGAGGAGAGUGAGCAGCCCGGGGCCUGAGGCCCUGACACACCACACAUGGACAGAGCGCCCUCCAUGCACUGAAUCCACCCCAGGGGCAAUUAUACACCCACUCUGACCCUCCAGGGGCAACUAUACACCCACUCUGACCCCCCAGGGGCAACUAUACACCCACUCUGACCCCCCAGGGGCAACUAUACACCCACUCUGACCCCCAGGGGCAACUAUACACCCAAUCUGACCCCCCAGGGGCAACUAUACACCCACUCUGACCCCCCAGGGGCAUUUAUACACCCACUCUGACCCACCCAGGGGCAAAUAUACACCCACUCUGACCCCCCAGGGGCAACUAUACACCCACUCUGACCCCCCAGGGGCAACUAUACACCCAAUCUGACCCCCCAGGGGCAACUAUACACCCACUCUGACCCCCCAGGGGCAUUUAUACACCCACUCUGACCCACCCAGGGGCAAAUAUACACCCACUCUGACCCCCCAGGGGCAACUAUACACCCACUCUGACCCCCCAGGGGCAACUUAUACACCCACUCUGACCCCCCAGGGGCAAUUAUACACCCACUCUGACCCCCCAGGGGCAAUAAUACACCCACUCUGACCCCCAGGGGCAACUAUACAUCCAUUCUAAACCCAUGGGGCUAUUAUACACUCCCAGGGGCAAUUAUACACCCAUUCUCACCCAACAUGUACUAUAUACACCCCAGGAGCUUUCAUACAGUUAUUCUCACCCACUAUGCCCCUAAUCAACACCAUGCUCUGGAUCCACCCCCAGGGGUUAUUAUACAGUAGUUAUCACCCACCAUGCCCUGUAUCCACCCCAGCAACCAUAAUGCAGCCAUUCUCACCUAUUAUCCUCUAUAUCUACAGCAUGCCCUGUACCCACCUUCAGGAGUUUUCAUACAGUUAUCACCCUCCAUGCCAUGUAUCCACCCCAGAAUCUGUUAUACAGUUAUUCUCCCCCACCAUACACCAUAUUCACCUCAGUUACUGUUUUACAAUCAUUCUCACCCACCAUGCCUUGUAUCCACCCCAGGGUCUAUUACACAAUUAUUCUCACCCACCAUGCCCUGCAUCCACUGCCAGGAUCUAUUAUACAAUUAUUCUCACCCACCAUACACCAUAUUUACCUCAGUUAAUGUUUUACAAUCAUUCUCACCCACCAUGCCUUGUAUCCACCCCAGGAUCUAUUAUACAAUUAUUCUCACCCACCAUGCCCUGUACCCACCCCCAGGAUCUAUUAUACAAUUAUUCUCACCCACCAUGCCCUGUACCCACCCCCAGGAUCUAUUAUACAAUUAUUCUCACCCACCAUGCCCUGUACCCACCCCCAGGAUCUAUUAUACAAUUAUUCUCACCAACCAUGCCCUGUAUCCACUGCCAGGAUCUAUUAUACAAUUAUUCUCACUCACCAUGCCCUGUACCCACCCCCAGGAUCUAUUAUACAAUUAUUCUCACCAACCAUGCCCUGUACCCACCCCCAGGAUCUAUUAUACAAUUAUCAUCCACCGUGCUCUGUAUCCACCAAAGGAUCGGUUAUACAGCCAUUCUCACCUGUAUCCACCCAGGAUCUAUUAUACAAUUAUUCUCACCCACCAUGCCCUGUACCCACCCCCAGGAUCUAUUAUACAAUUAUUCUCACCCACCAUGCCCUGUACCCACCCCCAGGAUCUAUUAUACAAUUAUUCUCACCAACCAUGCCCUGUAUCCACUGCCAGGAUCUAUUAUACAAUUAUUCUCACUCACCAUGCCCUGUACCCACCCCCAGGAUCUAUUAUACAAUUAUUCUCACCAACCAUGCCCUGUACCCACCCCCAGGAUCUAUUAUACAAUUAUCAAACACCGUGCUCUGUAUCCACCAAAGGAUCGGUUAUACAGCCAUUCUCACCUGUAUCCACCGAGGAUCUAUUAUACAAUCAUUCUCUUCCACCAUGCUCUGUAUCCACUCCAGGAUCUGUUAUACAGCUAUUCUCACCCACUAUAGGGAAUCUACAACAUGCCCUGUGUACACCUCCAGGAGAUUUUAUACAGUUAUCACCCACCAGGUCCUGUAGGACCCAUUAUACAGUUAUUCUCACCCACCAUGCACCAUAUUCUCCUCAGGGGCUGUCUCAUCUACCAUGCCCUUUAUCCACCUCCAGAAUUUAUUGUACAGUUAACACCUAUCAUGACCUGUAUCCACCCCAAGAGUUGAUUUUCAGCAAUUCUCACCCACAGUGCCCUGUGUCCACCCCAGGAGCUGUAAUAUAGUCGCUAACCAUGCUCAUUGUAUUACUAUCUGCACCCAGAGACCAGCAGGCCCAGUACCCAUCUGCCCCAGAUAACUUUGAGCAUUCAGCAGUUCAAUGGCACACAUAACAAACUCCUAUAAUGCUUUGCCAGUAUUAUGGCUGAGUAUCAUGGAGGUUUUAGCUUGUCUGCCUUCUUGCCAGCCCUUGUUUUACUUUAAGUCAACCAUGCUCCUGUAGCUUGUUCCAGAAGUUGCUUCUGCUUUUUUGUUUCCAUUUUAUUUAUUUUUAAUUGUAAUCUUUGUUAAUAUUCACACAUUCCCUUGCCAAGUGAUGGGGUUUCUCAAUCUUUUUAAAUCUCACUUAUUGGAGAAUAUUUAGUUUAAUUUUACAUGCAUGUAAAUGCUACAAGUGUAAUUUAAUGUUUAAAGUACUGUACAUGCAUAUUAUGGCUAUAAAUUUAUCCAGAAAUGUGGAUUUUAUGUAGCUCUUAAUUACUGUUAACCCAUUUGUUGCUCUGUUUCCAUCAUGAUGCAUAAGCAAUACAUAAAACAAUAGUAUCAGCGCUUAGCAGACCAACCCCUUAUUUACAAGUAUAGGGACAGAGAUAAAAUACUCUAAAAUCUAAUAAUUUUUGCGCUCUCUUAUUUUAUAUUAUUGUUGAUGCAUAAGCAGCAAAAGUUUUGUUGUUGUUGUGUGUUUUGCUUUUUUUUUUUUUUGUAUUUGUGAUCCACUCUAUAUCCAACUUUUAUUUAUUUUUUUUAUACUGCAUUUAUUCGAUGUCUCUAUUAAGUUGUGACUAUAACGAAGUUGGAUUCAUGUUUCCAAAGUAUGUGGUUUGUGUUUUUGUUUUUUGUUGUGUUUUUUUUUUUUUAAUUUUUAUUUAAAAAAAAAAAAAUUAACACUUUGUACAUUUUUACUGGAAUGUUAAUGGGAUUGUUUCUUGGACUUUGUUUUUAUGUGCAUGAUAUGACCUCGGUUAACCCCACUUUCCUACGGGGGUUUGGUUUACAUUAUUAAUUAUUUAAAAAAACAAAAACUUAAUACUGCUUUUAUGUGCUAUAGUUUAUUUUAUUUUUUGUGAAUUUCUCUCUCUUCCACUACUGUAUAGUAAGUUAUUUUUUACCCUUUUUAUUACAUCAGUUUAUUUAAAUGAAAGGAAUUUGGGUCCAGGUAUUGGGAGAUAUAGACACCUACCAACCCUCAAUUAUUUUUUAAUUUAUUUAUUUUUUUCUUUUGUAUUUGCAUAUACAAGCUUACUUUUCUUACACUGUAGAUAUGGUUUUAUUUAAAGUCCAUCAUUAAAUCAUUCUAAAUGGUGAAAAACUUUAGCAAGCCCCAAUACUUAAAAUGUUCUAUUUUGUAAUUACAUGUGACAUACAUAACCUCUUUUAAUGCAAAAAUAAAUUACAUCUUCAGAUGCUAAGUGCAUCUAAUCUACAUGUCAUACAAUAGUUAGUUAUUUUAGUUGGGUAGGUGAGUCCCUGUGCUUCAGUUUCUGGAGUGUUGCAGGUAAUUGCUGAUACACACAAAGACCAGCUUUCUCACAAUAAAGGUCUGUCUGUUUCCACUGCAUUAUAUGCAGUGCCUGAAAUUUAAGGUGUCCCUGAUCCUGGCCCCAAUCCUGAUGGUAUGAGCAGCGUUUCUAACCAAGAAGCAUUCUAUUUCUAUUCUCCGCCUUCCCUUCCCUUCCUUUUUUUUUUUCUUUUCUAUUUGCUUUGUUACCCCCACCCCUCAAUCUGUUUUUAAUUCUAGAAGAUCAAAGCUAGUAUAGUUUUCCUUUAGCACCAGGGUGCUUGUUGCCAUGCUUGCGUUUUAUUUCAUAUAUAUAUAUAUAUAUAUAUAUAUAUAUAUAUAUAUAUCUCUCUAAAUCAGGGUUGUUCAAUGGAUAAACACAAAAUAAUAAAUUGUAACAAAACUUGGCAUGAGUGACUAGAGGUGAUAGGGGCCACUUCAUGUGAGGAGGCUUAGAUACUGUUUGAGUGACAAACCAUUCUUAAAGUAUACCUUUUUUUAUUUUUGCAUUAAUUCUGUUUGUUAAAUAGCUGUUCUAGAAUCCAAACAUUUUGCUCAAAUGAUUUUGUAAAUGUAUCUUCAAAAUUGGGAAUGGAUAUUUUAUUAAGGGACUAAGUAGUUUUACAUGGGGAUGCCAUGGAACCUGGUAUUCCCCAAGACUCAAAAUGUGCCAUGAACACAUUGGAAGAGAUUUAUUAAAAUUUUCUUUAGCCAUUGGCAAGAUGAAAAUCACUCCUGGUGAGUGUGCCAUGGACCUUCCAAGCUUGUGAUGGAGAGUAACUUUAAGAUCUAUCUUGAAAUUUCAAACUCUGAUCAAAGUUUGUCCAAAACAGAGGGCUGUAGUGGUUAUGUUGCCUAGAUGAACCCUUGAAGUAUAUAUACCAAAGCACACUCUCUACUGUAACUAUCACACAAAAAGAUGGAUAUAUAAAUAACUUGUGUGUGUAUGUAUGUAUGUAUGUAUGUGUGUAUAUAUAUAUAUAUAUAUAUAUAUAUAUAUAUAUAUGCGCACAUAUGACUACAUUGCUAUAGGGGUGUAUAUGUGUGUGUGUAUGUGUGUGUGUGUGUGUGUGUAUAUAUAUAUAUAUAUAUAUAUAUAUAUAUAUAUAUAUAUAUAUAUAUAUAUAUAUAUAUAUAUAUAUAUAUAUAUAUAUAUAUAUGUAUAUAUGUAUUCAUAAAACGAAAAAAGGUUUUGGUUCUCUCUUACUCAACUGAAGACCAAUUUUAGGAAAUAGGUCCCAUUUUGUGUUGCUGCAGCAACCUAUAUUUCUAGAGCUUUGUGCAUGCAGGUAGCACAAUCUAAAGAUAUUAUCAUAAAUACAGACAUGCCAUGGCAUGAUCAAUAAAGUACCUUUACAAAUAUACACACACAUAUUGUCACCCUACACCUAUGAGCACUUUUUCUUUACACAUUUUGGUUGAAAUUUUAUAUAUAUUUUUUUGAGCUAUUGGGGCCAAUGGUUCAGAUAGGCAUUAGUGGUUUUUACCACGGUGCUGAGGUACUGUAAGGGUCAUCUGUUAGGGUUUUUCCCUCUCUUCUCCCUCCCUUUUUCUCCUCCCCUUUUCACUUCUAAUCACCUUCUCUGCAUUAAUAACUAUUGAAGGGGUAGGGAUUGCAUCGCUUUUAAGAUUUGUAUGUUACUGCCUCCAAAUUAGUCGCUGAUUACAAAUAGGUUUUACUGCAAAAAUAAAAAUAAAAAAAAAUGCACAUAACAGUAUUAUAACAUUCACAGCUAAAAUGUCAGACGGAAAUACAAAUUUAAAAAAAAAUCUUAUUUUCUCACUUUUAAAAUUUUUUAUUCAUAAUAUAUUAUGUUCCAUAUAUGAAGUUAAUGAUAAAUUAAAGCCCUGUUUCUCCUGAACAAUGUCCCUUGGUGCUGGCCCAGCUCCACUCAUGCUCCUCCCUCGCUGACGUCAGCCAGUGGGGGAGACCUAAAGCGCAUGCGCGGCAAUGGCCAAGCUCGCAUUAGGAUUUCCCCCUAGGAAAUCAUUAUUCAAUGCUUUCCUAUGUGGAUUCCGGUGACGCUGGAAGUCCUCAUGCAUAGAGUGAGUAUUCCAGCAUCGUUUAGGCGACCAAAAGUCACCUAUCCACCUGGAAGUUAGACAGCCACUAGAGAAGGAGUUAACCCUAGCAGGCAGUGGUGUAUCCUGGUUUUGUACUGCCCUAGGCAGGACAAAACUCAGGUGCCCCCCUGCAACCCGCCUUCUAAAUACACACACACACGCAUACACUCGCUAACAGAAACACACACUCACUGACACAGUCAGACACACACACACACUAACAGACAAACACAGUCAGACACUCACAGGUAAACACACACACACACACACUGACAAACACUCACUGACACACAGUCAGACAUACACACUCACACAGGCAAGUCAGACACACUAACAAAACACACACACACACACCUUAACAGACACACACUCACAUUAACACUUUUUUUUUUUUUGCACAGCUUGCCUACUAGGGUUACCCCCUGUGGCAACCGUCCAGUAGCCCUUAAAGGACCACUCUAGGCACCCAGACCACUUCAGCUUAAUGAAGUGGUCUGGGUGCCAGGUCCUUCUAGGGUUAACCCAUUUUUUCAUAAUUAUAGCAGUUCAGAGAAACUGCUAUAAUUAUGAAUGGGUUAAGCCUUCCCCCUAAUCCUCUAGUGGCUGUCUCAUUGACAGCCACUAGAGGCGCUUGCGUGCUUCUCACUGUGAUUUUCACAGUGAGAGCACGCCAGCGUCCAUAGGAAAGCAUUGUAAAUGCUUUCCUAUAAGACCGGCUGAAUGCGCGCGCAGCUCUUGCCGCGCGUGCGCAUUCAGCCGGCGGGGCGUAACGGAGGCGGAGAGGAGAGCUCUCCGCCCAGCGCUGGAAAAAGGUAAGUUAUUACCCCUUUCCCCCUUCCAGAGCCGGGCGGGAGGGGGACCCUGAGGGUGGGGGCACCCUCAGGGCACUAUAGUGCCAGGAAAACGAGUAUGUUUUCCUGGCACUAUAGUGGUCCUUUAAUUUACCGGUAUGUUUGGGCUCUUGCAUGGUUUCCUUGCCUUGUCUAUGCAUGUGUCAAAAUUCUGGCACUCAUCAAACAAAUAUAUACAUAAUGGGUCCUCAAAUAUUUGGGUGCUUCUCAGUGCAACUACAUACAAUGUUAGAAAAGAGAGCACUCUCAAGGAUUUGUUUCCAGAGUGUAUUCAAAGUAAUCAAUGUUUCGAGCCUUCUGGGCCUCCUGUGUGUCUCUCUAUCCUCAUUUUCGUAAAUAUUUUAUAUCUUUUCAUGUGACAAUACUGAAGAAAUUACACUCUGCUACAAUGUAAAGUAGUAAGUGUACAGCCUGUAUAACAGUGUAAAUUUGCUGUCCCCUCAAAAUAGCCAUUAAUGUCUAAACCGUUGGUAACAAAAGUGAGUACACCCCUAAGUGGAAAUGUCCAAAUUGGGCCCAAUUAGCCAUUUUCCCUCCCCGGUGUCAUGUGACUCGUUAGUGUUAAAAUGUUUUAGGUGUGAAAGGGGAGCAGUGUUAAAUUUGGUGUUAUCGCUCUCACCCUCUCUCAUACUGGUCACUGGAAGUUUCACAUGGCACCUCAUGGCAAAGAACUCUCUCAGGAUCUGUAAAAAAUAAUUGUUGCUGCUCAUAAAGAUGGCCUAGGCUAUAAGAAGAUUGCCAAGACCCUGAAUCUGAGCUGCAGCACGGUGGGCAAGACCAUACAGCGGUUUCACAGGACAGAUUCCACUCACAACAGGCCUCGCCAUGGUGAACCAAAGAAGUUGAGUGAAUGUGCUCAGCGUCAUAUCCAGAGAUUGGGAAAUAGAGUGCUGCCAGCAUUGCUGCAGAGGUUGAAGGGGUGGGAGGUCAGCCUGUCAGUGCUCAGACCAUACGCCGCAUUUAAAUUAGUCUGCAUGGCUGUUGUCCCAGAAGGAAGCCUCUUCUAAAGAUGAUGCACAAGAAAGCCUGCAAACAAUUUGUUGAAGACAAGCAGACUAAGGACAUGGAUUACUAGAACCAUGUCCUGUGGUCCGAUGAGACCAAGAUAAACUUAGUUGGUUCAGAUGGUGUCAAGCGUGUGUGGCGGCAACCAGGUGAGGAUACAAAGACAAGUGUGUCUUGCCUACAGUUAAGUAUGGUGGUGGGAGUCUCAUGGUCUGGGCCUGCAUGAGUGCUGCUGGCACUGGGGAGCUACAGUUCAUUGAGGGAACCAUGAAUGCCAACAUGCACUGUGAUAUACUAAAGCAGAGCUUUAGUGGGGGCCCUUCGGAGACUGGGCCGCAGGGCAGUAUUCCAACAUAACAACCCCAAACACACCUCCAAGACGACCACUGCAUUGCUAACCUGUGAAGCUCUGGUGAACUCCGUGCCCAUGAGGGUUAAGGCAAUGCUGGAAAAUAAUGAUGGCCUCACAAAAUAUUGACACUUUGGGCCCAAUUUGGACAUUUCCACUUAGGGGUGUACUCACCUCUGUUGCCAACGAUUUAGACGUUAAUGGCUGUGUGUUUGUAAAUUUGCUGUCCCCUCAAAAUAACUACUGUUAUACAUGCUGUACACUUACUACUUUACAUUAUGGCAGAGUGUAAUUUCUUCAGUUUUGUCACACGAAAAGAUAUUUACAAAAAUGUGAGGGGUGUACUUACUUUUGUGAUAUACUGUGUACACACACACAAUAUUUGCAGUAACCAAAUCAAACAAAAGCAAUUGAAAUAGGGUUAAAGACACGUUUCAUUGAACAUGCAUAGCAUAAAAGAAAAUAACAAAGUAUAGAAAUGGUUAAUCAUGGUAUGCUGCACUUUUUUUUUUUUUUAAUUGAACAAGAAAAAUUGAGAGAUAUAUAUAUAUAUACACACACACACACACAAACCUAGAAUAAGGAGUGCCCCACGUAUACUUCACUACAAAGACCUGUGAGUGCACCCCUUAUACUAUUUUUGUAUAUAUUUAAUGCAGGUGGCACCUAGGCAAGCUUUACUAAUUUUUCACCGUAUAAGGAGAGUACCAAGCUGAUAUAUAUAUUCUCUGAAAACCCACUGAAAGUAAUAACAUAGAAGACAAUGCAUAACCCUACUGCAAUGUUGGAAAUUUCGUGAAUCUCCACCUGAUGCCUGCAACCAAUGCCGCACACGUCCCUGUCUAUAAGGGGUCGGGGUGGUCGGGCUCCAGAUAGUUGUAAGGGAGACUUUUCCCUGUUCCCGGGUCUCCCACCGCCUCAAGCCCAGAUUGUGCUUGGGGUCAAUGCCUCGUAUCCACAAUAUCAAAUUUCAUUUCGGAGAGACCAUAGGUGUGUGGAGACUUCAGAUCAACCGCUCGAGUCUCCAGAUGUUUUGGUGCAGUCUGCUCCACGAGGAUCCCCAUCCCAGGGCAGGAACAGAGAGCAGGAGUCUGCUUCGGAGUCGGGUAAGUUGCUUGAACAAUGGGCUGAGGUCUGCCAAAACUUCUGGCAAACUUUGUUGAACCUGGCCUCAAAGUCCUCCACCCAUACCCUUGUCUCUGGGCUCAUUUGGUACAUGAGAAUCUUUGGCUCGGCUGCAUGUAGAUGCGUCCGCCCAUGUUAGACAUCAGGCCCCCCCCAAAAAUGCAACUUAUAAUGACUUCUCCAGUUUCAAAAAUAUUCAACUCCUUAAUGGCAAGCAUCUUUAGUACUUGGGAGAGCACCCUUUUGUUAUGACCUGGUGCAAACAAGAUGCACAGCCAGACACCAGCUUCUGCUUAUGUGCAAUGGCCUCCAUUUCAGGAAUAUUCUUCGGUUUCAAACUCCACCAAAGAUUUUCUAUGGGAUUCAAGUCGGGUGACUGUGUAGUUUUCCCGGACUUUUUCUGCAACCAAGUAUUCGUGGCAUUUGAGGUAUGCUUAGGAUCAUUGUCUUGUUGGUCCAAUGACGCCCACGCUUCAGCUUCCUCACAGACACCUUCUCAUGUUCCUUCUUCCUGAUUUUCUAGUCACUGGGUAUUGCCACAUCCACCACGACUGCAGUCUUUCGUUCCUUGUCUACCAUCACGAUGUCUGGUUGGUUGACCAGCACUUGCUUGUCUGUCCGGAUCUUGAAGUCCCACUGGAUCUUAGCCCUGUUAUUCUCUCUGGAAUUAGGCAGGUCCAAUCAAUAUUCUGUGCAGAUGUUUCGGUACACAAUCCCAGCAACUUUGUUGUGUCUCUCCAUGUACACUCCACCCACAUGAAGCACUUUCUAAAGAGCUUGCCAUUACUUUGUUAGUUUAGUACAGUGGACCUAUUCUCAAGAGGCACACAAUGACCCAGGGUGCCUGUCUUGCUUUGGUUUGUUAGUGGACAGCCACAGAAUGUCUGGGGAAGAAGUGGAGAGCUUGCAAAGGCAGCAGAUGAGAUCUACAGCUUUUGCGAGCUGUGUUUAGAUAUAACUCCAAUGGAAAGAAAAUGUGCAACUUAAUAUACUGUAUGUGUGUUUUUAUAGUGGUUAAAAAAUAUAUAUAAAUUAUAAUUUUUUUUUUUUUAAAUUUUUUUUUAUGACUGUUUUUGGACAGUCAACUACUUCUUGUAUAUAUGUAUCUGACACACACCACCCCCACUCCCCCCUUGACGCACAGUGUGUAUCUGUGUUUGUGCCGGUGUGUGUCUGCGUGUCAAGGUGUGUGUAUGCAUCUGACACACAGAUAUACACACAUUGUGUGUGUGUGUGUGUGUGUGUGUGUAUCUCACACACUGGCACACAGGUACACACACCUUGACACACGGUGUGUAUCUGUCUGUCAAAAGUGUGUAUCUGACACACACUCGCACGCACAUAGUGGCUGACAGAUACACAUACCUACUUUGAUACACAUAUACACGCACAUACACAUAUGUUUAACUUACCUUUUUUCUUCCUUCAGUGUUGCUGGUUGAGGAUGGUGUGCCAGGUCUGGAGCUGCGCUCCCUCUCCGCUCUGUCUGGGAGGAAGUGCUGUCAUGUCCUCCCAGCAUUCCAUACAACAGGGGUCCGGCGCAGUCUUAGAUGCUGCAGCGCUUGAAUGGUCCCCUGUUUAGCGAUACCCAUCGGGUGUUUCCUAAAUGAUUGGGCCACCUGACGGGCAAAUUGCUACGGAACCCCAAUUUGCACUAAUUGUGAAAUGCUGCUUUAAGAAUUUUUUGUGUUUUUGCUGCAUUCAACUGUCCUUCAACACUAACCAAUCUCUUAGCUCCUACUGCUGGAAAAACAUGCCCCAAAGCAGGAGUGGUGCCUGGUUUCCUUGAGACCAGACUGUUCAGUGAUGGUUGUCCUUCCACAUGUUUCUCCCUUCACACAUGAUCUCUAAAGCUCAGCCUGAGUGAUAAUUGCAUUCUUGGUUGCUAGAGGGGGGAGGGAUGUAGGGAGAGGACAGGCUAAGGGGACCACGUAGGUGGCAAGAAGAUGGGCCAUGCCAAUCACUGUAGAGGUCUAUUUCUUAAGCCUUUUCAGUGGGGAAAGUGAGGGUGUGAUGUGAUUAAUGGGACAUAUUGAUCACCAAAACAAUGUUGGCUUAAUGCACCAGUUUUGGUGUAUAGAUCCACACCCCUGCAGAUUCACUGCUCAGUUAUGACAUUUAGGGGUUAACUUUUUGUUUAACCCCUUAAGGACCAAACUUCUGGAAUAAAAGGGAUUCAUGACAUGUCACACAUGUCAUGUGUUCUUAAGGGGUUAAACAGCCUGUAACGGAUCACCUGGCACCCCGACUGGGUACCUCCGUUGAAGGAUGCUCCUAGCGCUUCCUGAGGACUCCAAGCACUUUAGCAGACACCACAAUCACCGAACCGGAGAAGCGUAUACCUUCUCUCAAGCAUAUGAAUGCUGUAGACCGUUGAAUAGGAACCAUACGAAUAGGUUUACACUCCUAGCAGUCAAACUGGAACGGCAUACAAUAAAUCCUCCCCCAAUAAUGAGACGACACUUCACUUUGAGGGUUAAGCAGGAACUCUUGUGCUGGCACACCCAGCCUGGUUUUUAUUACAGCCUUUCACACACAGGACCGCCCACAGGGAGGUAUAAAACCACCAAUCACAUAUCAGUUACAUCCCACAUAUUCCCUCCCAUUAUCCUGAGAGGAAACUCAAUUACACAUACAGUUAAAACAUACUUUCUACCCAACUUUCAUAACUUUAAAACCAUACAUCACAUUCACAUAAAAUUACAUAUUCACAAUCAAUGCAUUCAGGGGAACAACAUAUUAAAAAAUGGCAUGAAUCCGACCAGGGGUUCAAAAGUUAGUAAAAGUAUCUUUUGGGCCCUGGCUGGCACAUGGAUAUCUGGCUCAAACAGGUUUUACAGAGCCCUCUAUCCUGGAGACAAUGGGGAAAGUAAUCCAAUUAUCCAGGGAUAGAGGCAGACUCCAUUGAGCACAUGGUUGCAAAAAGACAUAAAACACUUUAAAAUACAUAAAGUCACCUUUUACACAUAACACACAGACAUUUCACAUAUCCCCAGAUAGCUGGGAUCUGAGCGCACAAAACUACCGAAUAGCGCUCAGAUCCUAUUCACACAGUUCAAUUGCCAUGGAGCCGAAGUCUUUAACUACACGAAUGGGCUCCAUGGCAUAGCUAUCUGGGUUAACACAUUCACAUAAAGUCUGGUCCAUAGUCCAAAGGCAAGAGGCGGGCAAGCAGCCCCCUCCAAGGACACGUGGCGAGGUCGGUUUCGCCACACAGCCCUAGUCACACCUCCCUGCAUGUGACUUGCACAGCCUUCCUAAACACUUUGUGUAAAGAGUCAUCUAAUGUUUACACUUCCUUUUCUUGCACAGUCAGUUUUAAUUUAGAAUUUCUCAUCUUCUGCUUUAAUAGUUUGCUAGACCCUGCAGGAGCACAUUUGUGUGAUUAAAGCUCAAUUUACAAAGGAGGACUUUUGAACUAAGUGAACAUCUGUUUAAAGAUAAAACCAUUUUAUAUAUAUAUGUAUAUGUAUAUAUAUAUAUAUAUGUGUAUAUAUAUAUAUAUGUGUGUGUGUGUGUGUGUGUAUAUAGUUUAUUUUUAUUCGUGGAUUAUCUAGGAUACUGAUGUGGAUCCAUCUCUUAUCUGUUGGGGACCCAAACAUUGUAUAAUAGGUUUCUGGCUGCAGGCACAGCAGCGAGUUUCUGUGGAGGUCUUGGUAUACACACAGUAAUGCUCUUUUGACCAAAAGGGUUUCACUUCCUAACAGAUCAGACAAAGACAAAAAAAGGGAAACAGAAUCAUGCUUACUGCUCCUGACCGUGUUACCAAUAAACACAUGUUGACGUCAGAUGUCCAUUGUGUACUGAAUUGACAUUAGCCAUCCCAGGAACUCUGUUUGAGUUCGAGAUACACCUCUGGUAGCAAAUGAGUCAAACUCUGUAUGUGCAGCUUUUUUUUUAAAAUUUUUUAUUUAUAGUGAAAUGCUUUAUUUUUGGUGUGGCACACCCCACCCCCUUGCUUUCAGAACAGUAUCAUUUCAUGUAGGUACAAUUGCACAGUUUUUUUAUAAGAAACUUGGCAGGUAGGUUUUUCCAAAUCUCUUAAAGAACUAGCCACAAUUCUUUAGUGGAUAUAAGCAGCCUCGGCUGUUUCUGUCUCUUCAUGUAAUCCCAGACAUAAUCAAUGUUAAAAUCAAGGCUCUGUGAGGACCAUACCAUUUCAUCCAGGACAAUAUAUAUAUAUAUAUAUUUUUUUUUUUUUUUUUUACAUAAAGGGUGUCCUGCAGCAGCCAUAAGCUCUGCCUUCGUCUUUGUUAGCAUGCCUGCUAAUUCUUGGCAAAUAAAGUGCUUCUCCUAGAGAAGUGUUGCGGAUGAGCUCUUUCAAUCAAAUUCUAGUAAGAGCAUGAUUUCUGUAUCUGCAAAUCGGCUAUAUUUUACGUUGUUUGGUUAAAGGGACACUAGUCACCAGAACAACUUCAGCUUAUGGUAUUUGUUCUGGUGAGUACAAUCAUUCCCUUCAGGCUUUUUGCUGUAAACACUGUCUUUUCAGAGAAAAUGCAGUGUUUACAUUACAGCCUAGUGAUGCCUCCACUGGCCAUUCCGUGUAUCCACCCUUUGCAUACAUACACUGAACUUUCCUCAUAGAGAUGCAUUGAUUCAAUUCAUCUAAAUGAGGAGAUGGUGAUUGGCCAGUGUUUGACUUGUGCUGGCUCUUGCUGCGCAUGCGCAUUCAGCCGAGGAGGAGGAGAGUCCCCCGCCCGGCGCUGGAGAAAGAGGCAAGUUUAACCCCUUCUUCCCCCUAGAGCCUGAGGGUGGGGGCACCCUCAGGGCACUAUAGUGCCAGGAAAACUAGUAUGUUUUCCUGGCCCUAUAGUGGUCCUUUAAGAAAUGUUAAGUUUUGCAUGGCAUUUUAACUGUGAAUGUUAUCAUACUGUUGGAUUUUACUGAAAUAAAAUACACGUUUGUAUUCAGAAAUGUCACACAAGUACAACAGUACCCCCAAUGUACAGGUUUUAUGGGUUUUUGGAAACUUACAGGGGUCAAAUGUAGGGCAUCCCCCUUUUCCAUGUAUGCACAUUGAAAUUUUCCAGAUUGGUUUGCUGGGCCUAUGUUGUCUUUGAGAAAGUAUGGCAGUCCAGAAAUGAAAAUAUUAACCCCACCAUGACAUAACAUUUGAAAAAGUAGAACACCCACAGUAUUCAAAAUGGGGUAUGUCUAGUCUUUUGUAGCCAGUUCGUCACGAACGCUGGCAAACGUAGCGUUUUUGUUUUUUGCAAAACUGCAUUUUUACUGAUUUCACCGCCAUGUUAAGACUUUACUUUUUAAAACACUCAUAUUUGUGUUCAACAAAGUCUCCCAAGUAUAACACUAACUCCCAUGUAAAGGUUUUACGGUGUUUUGGAAAGUUACGGGGUUAAAUAUAGGGAUCGCCAAUUAAAUUCUCUGGACUGUCUGUCUGGGUUGUCAGGUCUCUCAAAUAAUAAUAAAAUCUAAUAAUUAUGUAAUAGUUAAAUGUGUUUCUCCCUCUCUUCCCAUAUAUAUAUAUAUAUAUAUAUAUGUGUGUAUGUGUCAGGGGGACUGCCUGACAGCUCAGACAGUCCCCCUUCAGGUAGCUCCAUUGACUUCUAUUGCGGCCAUGUGAUCACAUGGCCCUGGAGGGCUGGGGUCUCUGGCAGUCCCCCUGGACCAGGAUCGCCAGUCCAGUACGGCUGAGUGUACUAUGCUGCCCUCCGGCGUUUGGAGCCACCCUUUCAAGGAUUGCAUAGUACGCCCGCCUGCCUUAAGGGGUUAAAUAGACUGGGCCACUGCACCCAGACCACUUCACUGUGAUAAAGUAGUCUUCGGUGCCGUUAGUGGUCCUUUAGCGUUUUCAAUUAUUGAAAGCAUUCCUACUUGACAGCAUUUUUUCCACACCUAUGUACAUAAGUAUUAUUAUUUAAGUAAGACCGUCCCUUAAAACUAUUAGAUUGGAAUCUUUGAAUCAACUUCUACUUCAUAGUUCAAAGUGGGGGAGGCAGGGAUAUUUAUAAACGUGCCUAUUAUUAUUAUUAUUAUUAUGCCUUUCUGUUCCUCUUGUAAGCACUUGUUAAUUAAGCAUACAAGAGCAUGCAGUUAAAGAGACACUUCACUGCCCAAAUGAAAAGAAAAAAAAAGUUAAAUAUCCCUGUUUAAUAAAUAUUCCUCAAUAAACACAUUACUUUUCUUUUCAUUGUGUUAUAUAUAAACCUCUUGCAAAAGCUGCAGAUCUCUUGCUUGAAGCCUUUACCAACCCUCCCCUGCUAACAACACCCAGAUUUUCUGUUGCUGUCUAAUCACAGACUUCCAAUGCAGUUCUUUGAAGUUAAUUUAUAAAGGUGUAUUUCUAUAGAAAUCUGCACUUUUAGACGGAGCGUCCCUUUAACUGAAAUAAGACAAGCUUGUACCUUUUAACAGAAAUUAUACGUGCUUUGUGGCGGGGAGGUGGUUGUAUGAUUUUCUUUUUAUUGUAAAAGUCUAACGGUCACUGCUGUAACACUUACCUUGGUAAAUGUGAUGUAACCAACCUUCUGGUACCUUAACUGCAAAUGGUUUAUGAAGACAAUUGCUUGUUGGUGUCUGCAUGUUUUCUGCAAUACAGCAUAUUUGGGUUGUUUUGUGUGUGGUGGAGGUGGAGUCAGAACAGCCAGUCAAGUGUUUUUUCUAUAUGCAGCAACGCUUGACUGGCUGUUCUAACUCAGGGGCAAGUUUUGCCUCUAGGAAAACUUCUAGGGACUGUCCUCUGUGAUGAUAUAAUGAAAGUAGUAAUAUUAUUUGUAGCUCAGUGACUCUUGUUUUUUAUUAAGGGGACAAGGCCCUGUUGUGGGCUGAAACCUUGCUAUGUCUGUUCAUGUUCAAUAAAGCUGCUUAAUUUGAUUGAGUGCCUGGACCACCUUUUUUCUUCCAUUUGACAUUGAGGGAUUGCCAGUCCUUGUUCAAGAGCACCCUAGUUCUGUUUAGAUGUGUGUGGCUUCCUUUUCUAUUGUGGACUACUAUAAAGGGGAACUGUCAGGUUUUAGUUUGUUCCUUUUUAAUUCCUUUCAAAACCAAUGCAGUGUUUGUGUUUAUUCCACCUCAUAGACUGUCUAGCAGGUGCCAUUCUUGUGGUUAUAAUGCUCUCCUCAUUUGUUGGAAAUCUAUUUAAUGUGCAAUCUCUUGAAAAUAAAGGGAGGCAUUAUUCAAUGCUUUCCUAUGGGGAUUUCGUGGACGCUGGAGCUCCUCAAAUAGCGUGAGGACGUCCAGCGUCUUAUAACACACUUUUGUGUUGUAAGAACACGGAAGUCCAUCUGACAGCCACUAGAGGAUGACUUAACCCUGGAAGGUAAAUAUUGCACUUUAUGAAAACUGCAAUAAUUACACUUUCAGGGUUAAGGGUGGUGGGCGUUGGCACCAAGACCACUCCAAUGGGCAGGAGUGGUCUGGGUUCCUGGAGUAUCUCUUUAAACUAAAUGCAAAAGGAGAACACUAAGUCUGUAUUCCCAACACGUUUACAGUGCCUUGCAAAAGUAUUCACCCCCUUGACUUUUUACCUAUUUUGUUACAUUACAGCCUUAAGUUCAAUGUUUUAUUAAUCUGAAUUUUAUGUGACGAAUCAGAACACAAUAGUCUAACUUGGUGAAGUGAAAUUAGAAAAAUAUAUACCUAAAACUAUUUUUUAGAAAUAGAAAACAGAAAAUUGUCAUGUGCAUAUGUAUUCACCCCCUUUGUUAUGAAGUCCAUAAAAAGCUCUGGUGCAACCAAUUACCUUCAGAAGUCACAUAAUUAGUGAAAUGAUGUUCACCUGUGUGCAUUCUAAGUGUCACGUGAUCAGUCAUUACAUAUACACACCUUUUUUGAAAGGCCCCAGAGGCUGCAACACCUAAGCAAGAGGCACCACUAACCAAACCAUGAAGACCACGGAAUAGUGAUGUCCCGAACGGUUCGCCGCGGACGGCGAACAUAUGCGCUGUUCGGUCCACCCCCUAUGUCCGUGGCGAACCGUUCGGGACAUCACUACCAAGGAAAUGUAAGGGACAAUGUUGUUGAGAAGUACAAGUCAGAGUUAGGUUAUUAAAAAAAAAUAAAAAAAUAUCCAAAUCUUUGAUAAUCCCCAGGAGCACCAUCAAAUCUAUCAUAACCAAAUGGAAAGAACAUGGCACAACAGCAAACCUGCCAAGAGACGGCUGCCCACCAAAACUUACAGACCGGGCAAGGAGGGCAUUAAUCAGGGAAGCAGCACAGAGACCUAAGGUAACCCUGGAGGAGCUGCAGAGUUCCACAGCAGAGUCUGGAGUAUCUGUAAGAAAACGCUAUGUCUGGCGCAAACCCAACACAUCACUCAAAGAACACGCUGUGGGGAUGUUUUUCAGUAGCUGGGAGUCUGGUCAGAGUUGAGGGAAAGAUGGAUGGUGCUAAAUAAAGGGAUAUUCUUGAACAAAACCUGUACCACUCAGUGCGUGAUUUGAGGCUAGGACGGAGGUUCACCUUCCAGCAGGACAAUGACCCCCAAACACACUGCUCAAGCAACACUUGAGUGGUUUAAGGGGAAAUAUGUAAAUGUGUUGGAAUGGCCUAGUCAAAGCCCAGACCUCAAUCCAAUAGAAAAUCUGUGGUCAGCCUUAAAAAUUGCUGUUCACAAGCGCAAACCAUCCAACUUGAAGGAGCUGGAGCAGUUUUGCAAGGAGGAAUGGGCAAAAAUCCAAGUGGUAAUAUGUGGCAAGCUCAUAGAGACUUAUCCAAAGCGACUUGGAGCUGUGAUUGCCGCAAAAGGUGGCUCUACAAAUUAUUGACUUUAGGGGGGGUGAAUAGUGAAUCACAAUGACCUUUUCUGUUAUUUUGUCCUAUUUGUUGUUUGUUUCUCAAAAAAAAAGCAUUUUCAAAGUUGUGGGCAUGUUCUGUAAAUUACAUGAUACAAAUCCUCAAACAAUCCAUGUUAGUUCCAGGUUGUGAGGCAACAAAACAUGAAAAAUGCCAAGGGCGGUGAAUAUUUUUGCAAGGCACUGUAUGUUCCUCUAAGGCAGGGAUGGGGAACCUUCGGCCCUCCAGAUGUUGUGGACUACAUCUCCCUUGAUGCUUUGCCAGCGCUAUGGUUGUAAGGACAUUAUGGGAGAUGUAGUCCAAAACAUCUGGAGGUCCAAAUGUUCCCCAUCCCGGCUUGAAGGCAUAUGAUAUAAAUUCAUAAUUUUUCCAUUUGCAGAAGACAUUGGAUGAAAAGCCAAACAAAAACAAACCUUUUCACUUCUUUAAUUAUUGGCUAACAUUUCUUCCUCAAUCUAUGCUAUGUCUAACUUCACAUAGGUGACAGUUCCUCUUUACAGGCUAGAACUCCAUAAAUGUUAUCUGCUAAAAUCACUUGACUGUUUGUAAGACUUUCAUGAUUGAUUUCAACAUAACUGGCACAAAUUCUUGUAUUUUGUCUGCUGCCUUUGACACUGUUUAUUAUGUUCUCCUUCUCCAAACUGUUUACACCAUGUUCCUUCAUGACCAUGUCUUUUCUUGUUUCUCAUCUUAUCUCUCCCUACAAUCCUUCAGACGGCUGCUGCGUUAAUUAUUGAUUUUGGGGAGGAUACCGAAUAAAUAUCAUAGUGGUGGUGCAUUAAGGAGAGGCAGCCCAGUCCCAGACCUAAUGAAGACCCAGAAAGGGGUCUGCAAAUUUCUGCUGUGGUCUAGUUACUCCUCUGUGGGCUACCUAAUAUACUCUGCAAAAAUUUCAUCUGUGCGCAGGUGACAGACAAAACGAGCUUCUCCCUUUCAGGGAGUGUUGGGAGCGUGCCUGCUGGGGUAGGUAUAUAUUUACCCUCCCUUUGACCUCUACUGAUUGAAUAAAGUGAUCAGUCGAAGUUCUUAGCCAAUCAGCAGCGCCCCUGUCCAGCCGCGGCACUUCACACUUCCUGUAAAUCAGCUUCAGAAGUCUGAUGCCGCCUGGAGAUCAGAGCUGGAAGCAGCCUUUGGGGUCUAACCGUUCAAGAACAGCUUAACUCUUAGAGGAAAGUGAGCGCCUGGUGGCAUCUAGGCACUAUUUCAACUUCAUCUAGAUGCCGUUGUUAUGAUGAGUGGGGGGAUUCCUUUUAUUCGUUCUUCCAUUCUCCACUUCAUUCUCAACCUUCCAAUUUUGCUUCUUUCCAAGUGUUUUUUUUUUUGUUUUUUACCCCAUGUUAUCUAGAUUGUAAGCUUGUUUGGGCAGGAUUGUCAUCCAUCUAUUGUUCCUGUGAAAAUUUAUAAUAGUUUCUCAUUUGUUGUCAAAGUCCAAUUAAUAUUGUAAAAAUUCUAAGUUGCCAAUAAUAUUUCUGCAGUAGGUCAGUUGCAUGUGGAAAGUUACUAUAUUGUUGAAACAAGGCAGAUAUUUUAUGGUUAGGUAGUCUUUAAAGCGGCACUGUCAUGGCCGCACCAGUUUUAUUUUAUUUAAAAAAAUAAUAAUUUUUAACCCUCCCGACUCCACUACAUCUAAUUGCCCCCCUUGCACCCCAAAUGCCCUUAAACCUCCCUCCCCCCAUAUUACCUAUUUUAUAAUCUUUAUUUUGUGCCCGUACCUAGGUCCCGGGCUCCGCCAUCUUUUUGUGGGCAGAUGAAGGCCCUGUGGGACACUAUGAGCCUACCCAUGAGCGGAAGGUGAGGGCCCUAAUGACAAUGGGGGGGUGGGGAGACCUAUUGUCCUCCCCUUGGGACUUCUCAUGGGUGGGGCCCAUGAGCACUCUUAUUGGUUGGCUUAAACCAAAUAAUCAGAGCACUCUGAGUCAACUUGCAGGGCGUGGGAAGGCUUUAUAAGCCUUAGAAACCACUUUUUGCUUUAAAAACCCACAUAUUUCAGAGGUUCAGAUGUCUGCUGCAGGUGUGUUGUUCACAAAAAAAGUCUAUUAAAGGCCAGCUCUUAAAGGAACACUAUAACAUUAGGAAUUUUUCAAAUGUGUAUUUUUAAUUCUAUAGUGUUUCAGGUCCCCUCACACCCUUUUUUGCCAUUUAAAAUAAAUAAAAAUGUUUUUUCAAUGCAUGUAUAUGAAACCUUGAAUCAAUGUUUUUUUAUUAGGCUUCAGCGUCACGUGAACGAGUUUUCCUAGGUCAGUGCAGCCGAAGUGCCUCCAGUGGUUGUCCCUAGAAGAGGAAUUUAAACAUUGCAGUUUCUCAAAAAUAUACAAUAUUUACAUUGAAAACCUCAACAGUGAUGGCAAAACAGCUUUUUAUAUAAACUCUGCAUUUUUGGUGAUUCAGAAGUAAUUGGUUCUGGUUGCCCGUUAUGUUGUGCAUUGUUCAAGAGAACGAACAAAUGUUCUAGUUAUGAGAUGUGAUUUUACAGGAAAAUACAGAGACCACAAACAUUUACCAAACCAAGCAAAAUAAAAAAGCAUGGCCUUUAUUAAAUAAUUAAAAAAUUACAAGAUAAAACCAUAUUCAAAUGGAUCUGCAGUACAAUAAGAUGUCAACUAUGACAGAAAGCAUAUGUCAUGCUGCAAUUAUCUCAUGAAGUAUCAUUGGUGGAUAAGAGGGACAUAAAUAUAUGAAUGAAACAUUGAAUGAGUAGAAGUGUAAAGUGACCCUAUAUGAAAGUUUCCUGAGAAAUUGCCAAAAUUCGAAAUUAAACUAUAAGGAUGCUACAUAAAUUGAGGUCCCCUAGAAUACAGUACAUAGAAUAAGAUGGGGAGGUAAUGUAAUCCUUGGUCAGUUUUAAAAUAUCAAAAUUGCUUAAUAUGGGUGGAUUCGACAAAAUUGUCAGAAUACUGCAAUGUGUUCAACCAGACCAAAGUUGUUGCAACCAGAAUUAGUUACCUAAAUGGUUGUAAAUCUGUAACUAAUAAGAUGACUAAAACAAGUACACCAAGUAGUAGUAAUCAGUUGAAAAUAAGGGGAAAGCUAUAAAUAAUGGAAGGAAAUAUCAAUAGGGCCUCUUGGAUUGGGUGGAAAGUACUAUUUGUUUUUUUUUUUUGUUUUUUUUUUACUAAGAUAAGUUAUAACGAAAAAUAUCCAGCAAAGUUAAAAUGGUGAUCUAAGUAGCUAGCAUUAACUAAAUUAUGAACUAAAUAAUGUUUUUAGCCGGUUUCAAGAUGGCCUUAAAAGGAACACUGUAUCCAAUAACCCUUUUGGUUAUGGUAAUUAAUCCAAAUGGUCUGCAAUGACUAAGCAGCAUGAUCUACAAAACCGUAUUCUAUUGAUCUCCUGCUGCCCAAUGUAAAAAUUUAACCAGAUAUCGAAGUAUUAGGUUAAGAUGUAUCAAAUCUGAGCUAUUGAAAAAGAAUCACUCCAGUAGCUUCUAAUUCGUAGAAUAAUGCCUGAUUUUUCUGAGCAAUAACGAAAUUAAUGUAAUACUAACAAGUAGCAUUGCAUUUUUUUUUAUUUUAUUUUUUUUUCUUUCAGAGGGGUAAAAAAUCUUUCAUGUGGCAAAAGCAGGCAGUCCUGAGACUGGACCAGUUACUCCACACAGUUAAGAUGCAUGAGUACACAGAUAAACUUAGCAGUGGCAAACCCCUUCUCACACCACUUAAGACUACUAUUAAACAAAUUGAGAACAUAUUGUGCAGUACUCUACCAUUGGACAUAAAGGGAACCAUGUCCACAUAGCCUCUGAGAUGAGCAAAGGUCCAGGUCACUAUGGAGCCUUAUGGGCAGCAUUGACAGUUUAAAGGCUUUACUAAACUGAUUACUACUUUCUUUUUAUAGAAAAUAUCACUAGUCUUCUAAUUCACUGGUGGAAAUUCACUCUUAUUUCUUAAAGGAACACUGUUGUCUGUCCACAAAUGGUCUCUUUCUCUCUCUCUCUUGUAAGAUCAUUUGUGCAUUACCUUCACCUCUUGUUACAUUCUGUAUGUAAAUUAUGUGUCAUUUUAUAGUUGUAAACUGCAGAAUAUGUUGGCGUGUGUAAUGCUGGUGGGAUAAUUUGGACUACAUCCCCCUCUCCGCCUCCCCCUUUUUUCUUAUUUUCACAUUUAACCAUGCAAACCCUUUACUUAUUCCAGCACUGGGACAGAGUGCUUACAGCCUGAUCUACCUGCUUAGUGGUAGUCAAGGUUGCUGAGUUCUCUGCCAAUCAAUUGCUUCUCUGCAUGCAUGCAGUGAUGCUCAAAGUAACUUCUUUUUUUUAAAAAUUGAGCUUCCUCAUAUUGCUGUUCUCUUUUAUGAAUUUUUCUGCAGCACAGACCUGUAUAGAAAAGCCUGCUGCCUUUGGAAAUAAUUUUGCAGCCAUCACUAGAGAUGGCUGCGAGAUUGACAUGAUUUUAGCUCCGUCCUGUGUCUAGAAGUAUCAGGUGUAGGAAAAUAUACUUGGACAAAGUAGUCCCUACUUUGUCUCAGUAUAUCUCUUAAAUGUGUUGGGAUUUCAGUGAAAUAACAACACAGUCAAUGGGUCUUUCAUAAAGAUUUUUAUCUUUAUGAAAUACUUUUUUUGCAGGAGUUUGACAGUUUCACUUAAGUUAUUUAACUAAGUUUAAUAACUAACUAGAAAACACACUAUUUGCCAGCUCUGCUACUUGAGCCUAAACUUUGCAAUUAUCCUGACCAGGGAUAUAUAUUAAACGCUCUAAAAUAGCUGCAGAUCUCUUGUUUGAAGCCUUUGCAAUCCCUCCCCUUCUAACCUAUGUGGCUGUGCAGUUAGACUUCCCAAUGCUGCUCAGAAAUCUUUGCAGAGCAGGUCCUCUGGACAAUUGUCUGCCUCUUGAGUUUAGCCCCAAUAAGCUAAACUACAAGGAAGUAACAUGACCAGUCUUUUGAAGGUGUAACAAGUUAAUUUAGAAGUACUAAUUGGUAUUGAAAUCUGCAGUUUCUGUAAAAUGACGAGAGGGGGGAAGGAUACGCUCUUCACACAUGAAGCAAUUUAUAAAGUUUAUGUUCAUCAGGUCAAGAAUAUCCUUUUUAAUGUUUCUCUCUUUUUUCCCUUUACAAAUAUUACUUAAUUACUUUCCUAGAGAUACCCCACACUUAUUUAUCUCCAAGGGCAAGUGUAGGCUACCUUUAAACAGACCUGUGCAAAAAUAAGACUGAAGUCCUUUGGUGUGACAGUCCUCUUUUUUUAAAUUUAUUUAAUUUAACUUGUAUGCAUGUUGUCAUAUGCUGUUUGUGUUCUGUAUGGGUGCUACAACUGUUUUGUAGGGUUGUAUUUGUAGUUGUGUGUGUGUGUGCUGAUUUAUAAUGGAAAUGUGCGUGAGCAAUCUGAUAUUUGUGAUGCCACUCCAGUAUACACAGUUGUACAUUGCCAUGCACACUGUUAGACUCCUAUACACAAUCCACACACUAUUACACCCACACUUUGCUAUUUUUAGCUAGCGAUCUUUUUGCUUACUAUUUAGCAGCAGGAGGUUGGCUUCCAUAGUCUGAGUACUGAGCUGGAUGGUUCGAAGACCAAGGGCAAGUACUUCGGCAGGCUGCUUUCCUCCAGCCCGGUUUCUCCUUCACAUGCCCUGGAAGUUGGCGAUCUGAAAUCACAAAUGAAUUGAGGGCUGCUCCUAUCAGAAGAUGUGAUACUGGGAUAUCUGUUGGGCUAGCCCUGUGGAACAUACUAAGAUCUCCCCAGCCUGUUUGGGUGUGGCACCAUUGCAUGCCAUGCAAAAACACCUCGCAUGACAUAGGCAGCUGACCUUUGUACUGGUCUUUCUGUCUGUUUUAAGUGUUUUGGAGGGGGGGGGGGGUUGAUAAUUUAGACUGCUUAACUUUGCUUUGUUCAGAUUGAUAAAAAUAAUCACUUUGUGUUGUUGUUUUUGUUUUCAUUGUUAGAUUUGUCUUAAAAGGAAUUGAGACAUAUAUACACUAACCAGAACGAGGGGGGGAAUAAACUAUCCAACCGUGAACCAUGUCUGUCCGGGAGUCUUUCAAUCCAGAAAGCUAUGAACUUGAUAAGAGCUUCCGUCUGACUCGGUUUGCAGAGCUAAAAGGCACCGGCUGCAAAGUACCACAAGAUGUCUUGCAAAAACUGCUGGAAUCGUUGCAAGAUAAUCAUUUCCAGGAAGAUGAGCAGUUUCUUGGGGCUGUCAUGCCCAGGCUGGGUGAGCACUUAUCCUCAAAUGCACCACAUAUGUUGUAUUUUAGACCCUAAUUGUGCGAGUCUCUCAAUUCAAGUGCAGUGUCUGUGGACUUGCAAUAAACAUUUGGCAAAAAUUUAGAUUUGAAAGUUAGAUGAAUUAUUAAACAAAUGGGCAAUUAAUUGAUAAAUUAUUUAUGCUAUAAAUUGGUUAUACUAAUGCAUAAACACUUAUGAACUUAAAUAAAAAAUAUAUAGAAACUUAGAAUGUAAGGGCAGAUAAGAACUAUUCAGCCCAUCUAGUCUGCCCAAUUUUCUAAAUACUUAUAUCAGUCCCUGGCCUGAUCUUAUAGCUAGGGUAGCCUUAUGCCUAUCCCACGCAUGCUUAAACUCCCUCUCUGUGUUAAAGGACCACUAUAGUGCCCUGAGGGUGCCCCCACCCUCAGGGUCCCCCUCCCGCCCGGCUCUGGAAAGGGGUUAAAACUUACCUUUUUCCAGCGCUGGGCGGGGAGCCACUAGAGGAAAUAGGGGAAGGCUUAACCCAUUCAUAAACAUAGCAGUUUCUCUGAAACUGCUAUGUUUAUGAAAAAAUGGGUUAACCCUAGCUGGACCUGGCACCCAGACCACUUCAUUAAGCUGAAGUGGUCUGGGUGCCUAGAGUGGUCCUUUAACCUCUACCACUUCAGCUGGAAGGCUAUUUCAUGCAUCCAGUACCCUCUCAAUAAAGUAAUACUUCCUGAUAUUAUUUUUAAACCUUUGCCCCUCUAAUUUAAGACUAUGUCCUCUUGUUGUGAUAGUUUUUCUUCUUUUAAAUAUAUAGUCUCCUCCUUUACUAUGUUGACUCCCUUUAUGUAUUUAAAUGUUUCUAUCAUAUCCCCCAUGUCUCGUCUUUCCUCCAAGCUAUACAUGUUAAGAUCCUUUAACCUUUCCUGGUAAGUUUUAUCCCGCAAUCCAUGGACCAGUUUAGUAGCCCUUCUCUGAACUCUCUCUAAAGUAUCAAUAUCCUUCUUGAAAUACAGUCUCCAAGUGAGGUCUCACCAGUGUUCUGUACAAUGGCAUGAGCACUUCCCUCUUUCUACUGCUAAUACCUCUCCCUAUACAACCAAGCACUCUGCUAGCAUUUCCUGCUGCUCUAUAUAUAGCUUAAAUUAGAAACCACCCUGUAAAUAAAUAAAUUAGGAAAUUUGCAGAUCUAUCAUCCAGGGCUUAAAACUUUGACAAAACCAAAUGUCAAAACAAAAAAGGCAAGAGAAACACACAAUUGUUGAGUAGAUUGGGAAUCCACUAAAUGAAAAUUAUAACCAUAAGAGAACUUUAUUUUUGUCUACAUACAGAGUUUGGUUUAAAAAUCUUGAAUAGAGAGCAAUAUUUUUCCCAAACUUUAUUAUUCAUAUUUCAAUAUAUUUUGGAAAAAAGUAUCUCAAAUCUUAUUAAAUAGGAAUUAUUAACCCUAAAAUUAGGCUACUGUAUAUUCGUACUGUAAUAAGUAAAAAAAGGUUAAAAACAUCUGCACUAUCAAAUAAUUAUAAUUAAACCCUACCGCUGUAUGAAGCAAAAUAAAUUCCUUUUAUACUAUAAUAGGUUUUACUCUUUAAUAGGGUACCUCCCUUCCCCUAUUUUUUUUUUCUUUUUUCUUUCUUUAACCCUCCUCACUACCAAGCACCUUGUUUCAAAAUAUUAUCAUGGCAUUAAUUUCAAACAUGGUAUGCAUAGAUAACACAUAAAUGUACAAUAAAACAGCAAUUUUGUAUAGAUUGCUUUAACGCCAAACUUAAAAAUGAAAAUUUAUGUACAUUUGCACAAUUUAUAUUUUUAGUUUAUUCGGUUAACCAUUUAUAGAAAUUUGUUGUUUUUCUUGUGAAUGAAAAUCUUUAGCCAUUAUGCAGCAUCCCUUAUCUUGCUAGUGUUUCACACCGGGCCUGAAAUGUUGGUGUAGAAGUAAAAAUACAAAUAUUCUAUUGUAUAUGUGACAAAAAAAAUAAUAAAAAAAUAAUGCCCACGUGCAGUAAAACCCUUAAAUCAUAUAUUUCUAAAAAUAAACAUAUUUAAAAUGUGAUCUAACAAUCUUUUAUGAAUCUCUAAAAUCAUAAUGUAAAGCGAACAAUGAAUAUCCCUUGCCCUCCCUCACUGUAGGUAUGAUCCAUUGAAACUUCAUUUACCGUUUGUCCUGAAAAUUUUGAAAAACACAGCCUGUCACUUCCAGUCAUUAAUGUGUGGAAUGGGCUGAAAGCAGAGAAACUCUGUACCAGGGAUCGUGACCUACAACUCCCAGAAUUAUUUACGUGCGAUAAAUGGCCAGAGAAUUACAGGUGUUGUCGUUCAGCAACAUUUGCGGGACUAGAGUCUGAGAUGCCUUUAUUUUUUUCACUGCUCUUAAAUUCUAGGCAGACGAGCCAAGUUUUGCUUUACAAAGAUAAGGAGGGUGGAUGUUAUUUAUGUAUUAUUUUGUGUUUUUACGAAAACCUAUAGCUUUCCAUUCCAAAAACAUUUGAAACGUAAGUUGUUGAUUGGUGCAGACUAUGGAAUACCGCCUUCCCUCCCACCACUACCUUUCACACUUUGUAUGAUUAGAACGGCUCCUUUAGUUUCUUUCACGUUUGUCAGCAGGAAUCACAUGGAUGAGCCAUCUGCAUAGGCAUUAACUUUGUGCUGGCCAGACCUCCUUUUCUCUGAGGUGUUUGCACAGUGAUGCAAACAAAGUAAAGAUUACCUGCAGACACAAUCUAUCAAUGAAACCGGAUAUGUAUGACUUAAUUUCAUGAGGUUAAAGCACUCUAGCAAGGAUUACAGAACCUGCUAGUUAGUGUAUAACCCUCUAGCUUGCAAAGACACACAUCUUUAUUAUGUGACCUUUUAAUACAUCCUGACUUUUCAUGUGAAUCAAAUUUAGAAAGUCUUAAAAGGACACUGUAGCAAUCAAAACAACUUUAGCUUAAAGGACCACUAUUGUGCCAGGAAAACAUACUCGUGCCCCCACCCUCAGGGCCCCCCUCCCGCCGGGCUCUGGUGAGAGGAAGGGGUUAAAAUCUUACCUUUCUCCAGCGUCGGGCGGGGAGCUCUCCUCUCCUCCUACAUAGCGACGUCAUUGGCUGAAUGCGCAUGCGCGGCAGGAGCCGCGCGCACAUUCUGACAGUUAAUAGGAAAGCAUUUAUAAUGCUUUCCUAUGGACGCUGGCGUCUUCUCACUGUGAUUUUCACCAUAUUAUAAACAUAGCAGCUAUGUUUAUAAAAAAAAAAAAAAAAAAAAGGGGUUAAUCCUAGAUGGACCUGGCACCCAGACCACUUCAUUAAGCUGAAGUGGUCUGGGUGCCUAUAGUGGUCCUUUAAUGAAGCAGUUUGAGUGUAUAGAUCUUAGCCCUGCAGUCUCACUGCUCAAUUAUCUGCCAAUUAGGAUUUACAUAACUUUCUGUUUAUACAGCCCUAGCCACAUCUCCCCAGGUAGUAAGUCACACAGCCUGCAUGGGAAAAAAAAAUUCAUGUUUAAUCAGCUGUGAACUUGCUUUAGAAGUUUUUAUCUCCUGCUCUGUAGAUUGAACUUUAAUCACAUACCAGAGUCUCCUGCAGGGUCUAGAAGGCUAUUAGCAGCAGCAGGUAAAUUCUAAAUUAAACAGUGUGCAAUAAAGAAAGUGUAAACAUUAGAUCUCACAUUACAGGAAGUGUUUAGGAAGGAUUGUUAGUCACCUGCAUGGAAGUGUCACUAUGGUGCAUAAGCAAAGUGAUUUAACUAAAUGGCAGAGAAUUGAGCAGUGAGACUGCAGGGACAUGAUCUGUACACCAAAACCACUCCAUUAAGCUAAAGUUAUUUUGGCGCUUAGUGUUCCUUUUAAAGUGAUAAGUGAAAGAAGCAUUGUGUCUGGUUAAAUGCCUUUAGUCACCAUUACAACUUAAUCUAAAUGAAGUUAUGAUGCCAGGAGGCCCCUGGGCGCGUUCUUACCUUCAGGGGUUAAACCACUCUUAAACAGUUUAACCCUAAAGUUGCCUCCAGGGCUGGUCUCCUCUUCCCCCUCAAGCAGCAUUUGUGGAUGUCUAUAAUCUGAGCAUGUCAGGCACAAAUGUUGGUUGCCUUACUGAAUAAACAAGAGCAGAAUAAAGCUAUGACUAAUCUAAAAUAUCAAGGUGGUGAUACACUCCUAAUGUUUGAUUUUUCCUGAGUGGAUCGAUUUGUAAAUUUGGCGUGUGGGGAGAUUGAAUAUCUGACACUGGGUAAAUCUAAUAAUCAGAACCUGUUUUGGGGUGAAAAAGUCUUAAAGGAAUUAUAAAUAGCACAGGAUAUCAUUAUAAAAGAUAAAGGAGGUAAUUGAGUUCUUAUGGAUCAUGACAAAUACAUGAAUAUUACAUCUUGCAAGUUGCAUCUGAACUGGUUAUCAAAACCUAGGGGUGAUCCUAGGCGAGUUAAUAAAUAUUCUGAAUAAUAGGAAAAACAAACACAGAAGCAGAGAUAGUGGAGAGAUAUAACCAACAGAAGUUCUGAAGAAUACCUUAGCCAAGGGGUAGGUAACCUUCAGCACUCUAGAUGAUGUGGACUACACCUCCCUUACAGCCAUUAUGCUGGCAAAGCAUCAGGGGAGAUGUAGUCCAAAACAUCUGGAGUGUGGAAGGUUGAAUAACCCUGCCUUAGCCUAUAAAAUGAUUUUUCUUUGGAUGAAUUUAUUUUAAAUGGAAACGUAAAUCUCAUGACACAAAUGGUAUCGGGCAACUGGGGCCACCAUCUUUGUGGACUUUUUUACAUUUUAUCAGGCUUUUUAAAAUCACAAUUCUCAGCAAACAAAUAUGGGGAAUCUGUUCCACCAAAUGGCCAUAUUUAUGUUAAGCCUACCACUAAUUCACAGUACCCCAAUAUCAGUGGGUCCUACACCAAUUUCAACAUGGGAGACAAAUCAAAUUGUGCUAGUGUUUAAUAAGCUGAAGUGUAUUUUAUUAUUAUAAAUAAUAUUAUAUAAUUUAUUUAGCACUAUUUGAUUAGUCUCCCACGUUGACAUUGGUAUAGGGGUGCUUUCUAAUGCUGUACCUUUUUAAUGAAGCAGUUUUAGUGCAUAGAUCAUGCCCCUGCAGUCUCACUCCUUACUUCACUGCCAUUUAGGAAUGAAAUCGCUUUUGUUUCUGUUUAUGCAGGCCUUGUCAUCUAGACACACAGUCUACAUUAAAAAUUGUUUCAUGUUACACCAGGUGUGACAGCACUGUGUGUUUACUUUUAGAUUGUUUUAUUAUGUUAAUAGAAUUUUAAUCAUAUACACAGGAGACCCUAGCAGGCUAUUAACAGAGCCAGAAAUAAGUAAUUCUAGGUUUAAACACACUGCAAUAAAGCAAGUUUAAACAUUAGAUCUCUCUUUACAGGCAAUGUGUAGCUUUCAUGGGGAUGUGUGACGUGGGCAGCGUAAACAAAAGCAUUUAACUCAGUGGCAGAGAAUUGAGUAGUUAUACAAUAUGGGGGCACGAUGGGUACACCUAAACCAGUCCAGUAAGCCAUGGUUAUCUUGUUGCUCAUAGUGUCUCUAUAAGAUGCUGGGGGGACAGUGCACUCCUGACACCAUAAUCACAACAGUGAGCUCUAGUGGUUAGGAUCCUUGAAUUGUUCCUUUAAAUACAUUUUAUACGGUAGAGAAGCACUGCGCUGUAGGUCUCCAGUGGUUUGAGCAAAGAUCUUCACUAUUGGUGAAAAGACUGCUGUAAUGAGCCUGUCCCAAAGCUGUAUUACAGGUGAGUUUAAAGAGAUACUUGAAUAUUUUAAAUACAUUUACUUAUAAUGGUAGAUUAAGUGUGUGUUUACCCCCCCCACACACCACCCAAUCCAAUGCUUCCCUAUGAGAAACCUUAUUUACACUUUGUGCUAGGUCACAAAGCAGUCAAGAAGCGCACCCUCAGCAGGGAUAUAGGGUAUAACUUAGGAGCUUUAUAGAAGACUUAUAUUCUUGGAAAAAAAUAUAUAUUUAUAUUUCAAGAUAAAUGGGCAUUUUUUAAUAAGCUCAGUUCAGAGUUAAUGAAUAACCCUAAAUGUACCACUAAAAUAACUGUUGAUCUGAUUAAUUUUAGUAGGUAGGUGAUCUUGUGAUAUGCAGAAACCGAAUAACACAUCAAAAAAUGGUUGGUAUACACCUUUCAGGAAAGGCAGUAAAAGGACAACUAAAGUCACUGUAAAAACUUGUAAUGCAUUAUUGCCAAUAAAACAUAUUCCUUAUAAGUUUUUUAUUUGUAUGCAUUUUUGUUCCUUUGGUGGAACUUUAUAAGCCUGCAGAAUAAAUAUAACCUGGAAAGCUGUUGCAAUAAAUCCAAUAAACCAUAUAAUCUAAGUGAUAUGAGGUAUCUGAGAAUGUCCAGUGAUUUUCAAAAAGAACCAAUGAAAGGAGGUGAAGGUGUGAUAUAGGUAUACAGUAGCAUGAUAUUAGUGAGCAGGACAGUAGGGUUAGACGUCAGAGGAAGUUCACCUUAUUUAGACAAAACACUUCAUGAGGUGUAGAGAUGGAGGCAAGUCUAGCAGCUCCACGUGACUGGAACGCUAAGUGACGCAGAGGAGAAAUGCAAGAAAAGAGACCUUGUUUACAUGCAUUUGCCAAAGGUCUCCUGUCUCUUGCAAAGUAAAAAAAAGGUUUUUUUUAAUAUUGUAUAUAUUUAUAUUGUUAUGAAUAGUUUUACACUAUUGGCUCCUCCCUGGCUUUUUUUUAUUUUGUGUAACUCUUGUAUGUGGACUGCUGCUGUAUCGGACAUGCUGGUAAAAAGUUCCCUGUGGGGGUUACCCCCUCACAUUAUAGUGUGGUUUAACCCAGAGUCAGGCAGAAGUGACUCUGUUUUAUGUGAGUGUGGUCCGUGGGGAAAUGAAAGAGAGAUUGCACGAUUUUUGUUUUAAGGUAUUUUCUGCUCUACUUGCAUACAUUUCCUAAAAAAAAUAAUAAUAAAAUGGAAAAAUCUUUGAGAAGCAUGAAAGUAAAGGGGCACUAUAGGCACCAAGACCAUUUCAGCUUUUUGAAGUGAUAUUGUCCCUGUUGCCCUUAGCCACCAGAGGCAAUGUUUUACAUUGCAGGACUGUCUACCAGAUGACGCUAGGUUCCCUAAAUGACGCUGGACGUCCUCACGCUCUGCAUGAGGACAUCCAGCAUUUGUGAAAUCCCUGUAGGAAAGCAUUGAUUCAGUAUUGUCCUGUGGAUAGGGCCUGUUGUGCAUGUUCUUUUGAUUUCUCCAUUCGGAUGACAUCAGAGGAGGUGGAGUGCGACCCAACGCCGAGGGACAUCUGUGCUGGAAUCGGGUGAGUAAGGUGUUUUUAACAGUUUGUCACACUGGGAGAGGGGCUGCUAGGGAGAAGGGGGAGGGACCAGAGGGCACUAUAGUGUGAGGAAUACAAAUCUGUAUUCCUAACACUAUAGAAUCCCUUUGCGUAUUUAAAGAAACUGCACAGUAAAUGUGGUUGUCAUUUGCUUAUAGUGUGUGCGUGUAUAUAUGUGGUGCAUGCAGCUGGUAUGAAUUAAGCACUUAGUUGGUAUAUUUUCACUUUUCUUGUUUGGUUUGUUGUAUAUCUUUAAUAUACGUGCUGCUUUUUUCAUUUAGGAAUUGGCAUGGACACGUGUGUCAUUCCAUUACGACAUGGUGGCCUUUCUCUUGUUCAGACUACAGAUUACAUUUAUCCAAUUGUAGAUGAUCCUUACAUGAUGGUAAGUAGCAAUAUAUAUAUCUAUCUAUAUAUAUUUUUUUUUUUUUGGUUCCCUGUAAGAAGUGACUAUUUCUUGGAUAUCAUGUUGAUGGACAGAAGGAGGCUAGAUAUUCCAAUAUUAGAAAGUACCUUCCAGGCUAAUUAAUAAAAGUUUAGUCCCGCAUCAAAACCACUUCAGUGUUGUUAAUAACAUGGUUUAAGGCGGCGGGGCUUGGCGGCCAUGUCGAGCAGUUACAGAAAGCACGAGCUCCACCAUUAACUGCCUUAAACUUGGGAUUUUGUGCUGCUGUGAAUACUCAGCUAAGCUGAGCUGUUACCUGGCAGAGUCAGGGACCUUUUUUGCUCUUUGGGGAAGCUCGCCUCUCUUUGCUGCAUCCGUGCUCAGAACAGUUUGACCCUGCGACCUAGUGUGGGACAAGCUAGGAGUUGCGGCCAAUCUCCCUGGUGUACCCUUGCUGGUUCAUCCGCGGCCAAGUCCUGUGUCCUCCCCCUUGGACCAGUGGGGGUCAUACCAGUCUAUGCUGUCACAACGCUCAACCUACUACUAUCCCUUACCUAUGCUGCCUCCGGAAUCCUGAACAAAUUGCUGGCACACAACAAGUACCGCUAAGAUCGCGGACACGCCUGCCCUCUCUACAAGCUUCUCUGUACAGCCAGCUGAGUUUCUGCCUGGCUCUUUAGAGGGAAUCCUGCAAAGACUGGAUGACAUUUUUACCAAUUCCUGGGCAAUGCUGGAGAGCCGAAUGGUGAUAUCCCAGCAGCUAUCACAGGACUGGCUGGGAGGGAAGUGGCCUGGAGAUCAGCAGCACUCCCUCAGGCAUAGUCUAUCAUACAGAUCCUGAUCCCACUCCCACUGGUACACCUUGGCUGAAGACCACCAAGGGCAUGACCCCAGUGCAUCGCCUGCACAGACAGAAGACCACAUGCCGCUGACAGCUCAAAGACCAAGGCCUUUUAUGUCUCCUUGAAAGGGAAGGACAGGGACUUUCAAAGUGUCCCUGUCUGCGGCUCGAAUAUGAUGGCCUUCACAAAAGCCUGAGGCUGGAGGGAUGCUUUUGCCAGCCUCCAUUGUGCCUAUACCGUCACUAGCCCCCAAAUGAUACCAGCCAGCGUUCCAAUCGACUGAACGCUCUCAAGCCUCUCUCUCCAACUCUACAGCUAGCCACGAGAGUCUCUGUGUUACCAGAAAAUGCUAAUGUUGAUUGAUAAAGUAUUUCUUUGUAUCUGCCUUUUUUUUUUUUUUUGUGCUUUUUCUUUUUUUAAUACACUGCUCACAAUUUGCUUGCUGUGAAGUUCUCCUGAGGAAAGGGUUCCGUAGUGCCAUGCACCUGUAUUGGCAUUAUAAGCUGUGUGGCACUACUUUUUUUGUUGAGGUGUUGUGACCGCACUCUAGACACAGUAGUUCCUUUUUUCAGCAACAUGUCGCAAUUUCCAAUACUAGAUAGCAAGUCUUAAGCCAGUUUACUUUGUCUACCACAUAGAAUAGCAUUUUUAGCUAUAUAGCCCAGCAACUAAUUCUUUUUCAUUUAAUCUUUACACCAUUGUUUUAUAUUUAUGCAUGCUAUUGUAUAUCCAUGACUGGCUAGCCUGCUCUGUUAAAACGCAAAGCACCUGAAUAUUGUACAGACAUGUUGGUUUAGCCUGUGUUUACUUGUUUGUCUCUUAUGUUUACUGUUAUCUUAAAAUGUACAUUAUGUCAAGCCAUGGCACUGUAUUUUCAUGUACAUAACUUUUGCGCUUGGGGGGCGGAGCUUGAUGGUGGAACAGAGCGGUCGCAUACUAGAGAGGCUCCGAGGCCAAACAACGAAAACCAACGGAUUUAGGGGAUACUAACUUCAGAUCCAAAGAUAUAACUGCCCACAACAACAAUGGGAAGAAAAACAAAAAAACUGAAACCAGAUCGACCCAAAACAGGAUCCACCAUAGGCGACUUAUUCCGUCAGGCAAAAGGCGCGUGCGGACCCAAUAUGGCUGCCGAGUUCGAGGAAUUCUCUGACUCCUCUGGGGACUUCUACCCAGAGGAAACCGUCAACAACUUACCCACUGGCAGGCAGCCACAACCGAACAAGAACCCGGGAGACUCUGAACCUGUCACGGCAUCUCUGCUGAAAAUUAUGCUGGGGGACCUACAGAAGGCCUUACAGACAGAUGUAGCACUACUGCGGGCGGACCUCACAGGCCUGGUCGGCCGCAUAGAUGCAGCAGAACUCACAGCCACACAACACUCGCACGAACUAGCGGAGCUCAAGCAAGAGAUAAGUGCUCUUAAACAACAGCAAGCCAAAACGGAACACCGCUUUGCAGCGCUAGAAGACUCCAGGAGACGCAAUAACCUGAAAGUGCGAGGAGUUGCGGAGGAAGUCCCCACAGAAGAACUCCCACACUUCGUGAGGAGACUCGUGGGAAACCUAAUACCCACCAAACAGGUCAAAUACAACGUCAUAGAGGCGGCCUUCCGGAUCCCUAAACCCCGGAGGGCGCCAGAAGUGGCACCCCGAGACCUCGUGGUGAGAUUUCGGAGCACAGCGGAUAAAAUGGCGCUCCUCGCAGCCUUAAAAGGCUCAGCCACCUAUAGAUUUGAAAAUAUGGACUUGUCCUUCUACACCGACCUGUCGGGGGCAACAUUACAAUGGCGCAAGACCCUUCAACCAUUCACCGCUCUGCUCCGGACGCACCAAAUUACAUACCGCUGGCGUCCACAGCGCGCACUACAGGUACUGCAUAAGAACAUCGUUCAUCUCGUCUCAGACCUCCAGAGCGCACAGGCACUUCUGCCUUCACUGGGACUGCCACCAGCGGAGCUGCAUGAGAGGGAAGCCCCGGGGAACCCUGGGGUAACACACCGCUGGGACCUGGCCAAGAUAACUCCAUUUGUCCCACAGGGAAGGGGCAAACCACAAGCUGCAACCACCACCAUCUGAACUGAAAAAAUGCGACCUAGACCAUCUUCCCACACAAGCUGGUCAACCAGAAGUGGUACCCACUUCCCCGCUCGAACCCCCAACGACUGAGGAGGUUUCCGGACCUCAGAACACCCACACUCACCCCGAGACUUACCUCAACAUCCGGAGGUAGACACGACCCCAAAAUCGGGACAUUCGGCACACCGCCCAUCACCCCAAGCGAGGUCCUCCACAGGUGGCCACUACUCUCCCGACCCUCCGCCAGCCGCAGCCAGGACCCGGCAGUGACUACUCGAACGCUAAAGGAUAACUCCUAUAAUCGACGGCCGUGAUGGCGAACGGCAAAACACUUACGAACUCAGACUACAGCUAUCUGUUGUUGUUUUUUAUGUUGUUUUUUUUUGUUGUUUUUUUUUUUUUGUUUUUUUUAGGCUUGCCUUUUACUUCCUAUCCCCAGUGUAGACACACAAUCUCAGGCCUCAGACCAAAACACACAGUAUCCACAGCAUUUCACACCAGAGCACUUAGUAUAUAAUGCAGACCUACCACAGAGGUCAGACCCACCACAGAGACCAGGCCAACAAACGCCUCUCCAGCCCCCCCCCCGGGGUAACAAGGGAUAGCGACCUACACAACAGGCUACUAGCCACCUGACCCUCUCAGACAUGCGUUUAUCACAAACCUCCCAUCGACAGACCAGACAUGCUAGACACGCGCAAAACCAUGCUCUCCACAGACACUUCACUAACGAACACACAAGAGGCUAGAAGAGCGCACACGCUCUAGCUUAAACACCACACUAACUAUUACCUACUAUACGAAACAAGACUGAGAAUGUCCUCAAGGCUAACAAUAAUUAAAUAUAAAAUGUGCAGUUUAUAUACGAAACCACAGUAUGAACAUAAAACGAUUGUUGUUAAUGCGCUUGACACAGCUGUUGUGGCGUUUCAAGCUGGUUAUGUCACCUUGUGCACGUGAAAAAUAAAGAAUUUAAAAACAAAAAAAACUUUUGCGCUUGUCCAUGUUGUUAUGGCAUCACAAGUAUGCUUGUACACUCUUGCACGAUAAAAUAAUGUAAAAAAAUAAAUAAAAAAAAAUUAACAUGCUUAAAGACCCAAUGUGUGCAUUGUUUCAGUAUGAAACACUACACACACAGAGCUAUUUUGUGUUGCUGCUGGAGGUGUAACUCCACCUGUGGCAGGUUUAAUUUUCCAGACAGUAACAAGGCGUUCUGGGCUUACUAAUGUUAAUCAUGUGCAUAUUCCAUGCCCGGUGGUUAAUUCACUGGCUGUGAGUUCACAGCUGAUGCUCUCAACCAGUGAAUGAAUGGUAGGUUUGGUGUCUGGCUUUUGUAGCUGAGCAGAAGCUGAAUGUCGUUCCCAGGUAAGGAGCAAAUCGGUUUGCCCUCCUUCCUGGGAAUGGUGUCCAGAUACUUCUUGCGUAAUAACCACUACAGCAAGCUGUAAUGAUUAGGAUGCUUUGCUUAAAGGGACACUGUAGGCACCCAGACCACUUCAGCUCAUUGAAGUGGUCUGGGUGCUGUGUCCCUUUUGCACCUAGUACUGCAAUGUUUACAUUGCAGCUCUAAGUCUGCCCUCUGUGGCUGUCUACUAGACAGCCACUGGGGGCGCUUCCGGAAUCCAAGUGGGCUUUUGGUCCGUUAUCUGACGCUGGACGUCCUCAUGCUCUGAAUGAGGACCUCCAGCAUUAGAUGUUCCCCAUAGGGAAGCAUUGUCAUAUUUUCCUGUCUAAUGCACGCGGCCAUUGCAGUGCAUGCACAAUAGGUUUCCCUGCUGGAUGACAUCGGUGGAGGAGGAGCGUGGGCGGAGCCUGACAAAGUGCCAAGAGACAUCGACGCUGGAUUCAGGUAAGCGGCUGAAGAGUGUGUUUGUUACCUGUAUUUGGUUUGUCUGUGCUGAUUCUAUGAUAUAUUUGUGUUGGAUCUACAUGGUGUGUGUGUGUGGUGGUUGUAUGUGACUUGUGCGGUGUGUGUGUGUGUGUGUGUCUCUAAAGUAGUAAAUACACUAUUCUAAUUAAAACCAAAGCCUUUUUUUCAUGUGGGCUCUGUAAGUUAUGGUCAGGGGAGUGAUAUAAAAACAUAGUGAUAUAAUUCCUAAUUGGCGGAGGAUUGAGCAGCGAGGCGGCAGGUACAUGAUUUAUACACUAAGACUGCAUCAUUAAGCUAAAGUUGUUUUGGUGCUUAAAGUAUUCUUCUCAAGAGGAACUGUCACAGGGACACAUAAUGCCUUUGGCAUGCUCAUGCAUGCUCGAUUAUCUAACAGAAAUUCUAUAUCUGUGCUUGUUUAUUUUCCGCAGCAGUGAUGUGCAUGCGCAGUGAGUAAAGCACUGCAAAGACCAGAUGUAUGUACUUUGGUGUUGUUGGUAAAAUCUUUUAAAUUCUAAAAUUUACAUGUAAAAAUAAUCUAUUAAAAAUGUUAAAAUUAUUGUAGCGGAGCCUUAGUCCUAGCAGGGACUCUGCUCUGCUGGUUUCUCCAACCCACACUCGGGAGCAAGUAGAAUACUCCAAGGGAACAGCCAAACACCGUAAAAAUACUCCAGGAAUCUCCCACCUCCUCCCCAGCAACUGGACGACACUCCGCUCUGGCGGUAUAAUUGAUUUUAAUGGAGCCACACACUGCCUUUUAUGAAAAUCCCCAUGCAAGGGGUUUCCAAAUGCACAUUUCCCACUGGACCUGAGAGUAGACUGAGACAAAAUACACAACAUAAUUACAUUACCUCUCCGGUCCAGGACAGGUAUAACAAUAAUCACCCCAAAACAUACAGUUAUCCACAAGAUGCCCUUUAAGUCCUAUAUCCCCAGAUAGGGACAUAUACGAAAAGCGCUCAGAUCCCACGAACGCAGCUGAAACGCCAGCGGGGUAUAGUUUAGACUGACCACACAUGAGAUGCCUGCCCAAAAAGGUUCCAUGAAAUUAAGCUGUGCCGUCAGUCUCUUUCAGGAGUAUCAAAUAUGUGCAAGACAAGGCAGAAACUGUUUGUAUAGACAUUUGUUCUGUGUAUCUUGUUCGGGAGUUUGCUACCCCCGAACGCCACUCUGUUCUUCUGAAUCCCCAUGAACAUAAUGAAAACCCGGCGGUGUUUGCGUUGUUGAGUGUCCAGUUUUAGUUCCAUGCGCUCGACGGCCAAACACCGCUGUCUCUGUUCGUGGCUAAAGAUGGCCGCCACCGCAUACAAACGGCGGCCACCCGGCCGACCGCUUUGAAUGUUCAGGUUAUUGCGGUUGGUGGAGGUGUGAACAGAGGUUACUGGAGUUCAGUAAUUUUGUUUGGUUGUCGAAUAAGAUGUUGUUAAUAUGCAAGGUGACUGCUAUUUUACCGAAUGGCCAGACGAACAGGGGAAAGAACAAGAUGAUCCAGGGCCUAUGAGUGCGAAACAUAGGAAAUAACAGGGGGGACAAGAUACAGACAGUCCAAGGUUCAUUCUGCUACAAUUAUUUUAGCAUAUUCAAUAUCCAAGUGACCUUUCAUCUUUAAACAACUUAAUUGCAGGUGUUAUCAACCAGUUAAUUAAUCUGUGCAUCAGCCACACCGCUACGCAGUGUAUUAUGUGUGUAAUGUAAAAUGGUCAAUAAAUUGUUUUUGUUUUUUUUUUCCCCCCUCAGGGACGAAUAGCCUGUGCAAAUGUUUUAAGUGACCUAUAUGCAAUGGGGGUUACCGAAUGUGACAACAUGUUGAUGCUUCUCGGUGUCAGUAAUAAACUUACUGAUCGGGUAGGUUUUCAGUUAAAUUAAUGAGUUUUAUAUAUAUUUCUCCAAAUUGAGGACAUGGUGGUAUGGGGAGCACACGUGUAUUCUGAGACUAUAAAAUCCAUAAAUAAACUAAUUCUAGAAAAUUAAAAUAAAAAAACUGGUAUUUGUUACAUUGGCAAUAAACUAAACUAUGGUAGUAAUUCUUGCACUCCAUGAUGUAUUGGCUACUAGUCUGCUUUAUCAACAGGAUAGGGUAUUUUUCACACAGAGAGAGAUGCAGACAUGGUUUUAUGUGCACAUUAUGCCUACUUGUCUGCUUCAAGGUGUGUGAAAAUUCCAUGAUCGUAAAAUAUAAUCUAGUGUUGCACCAUGCAGUCUCAAGAAAUUUAUCCUGAUAUCUUUGAUAUUUUAAAUUUCAAUGGUGCUUUAUUUCAUACUAUAGGAGAGAGACAAGGUGAUGCCUCUUAUCAUCCAAGGCUUCAAGGAUGCAGCAGAGGAAGCGGGCACAUCGGUUACAGGGGGUCAAACUGUUCUGAAUCCAUGGGUAGUACUAGGUGGUGUGGCCACAACAGUAUGUCAGCCGAAUGAAUUCAUCAUGUAAGUUUAAAUUUAGCUAAAUUAUGUGAGUUUCCUAACGAACAGUAUUCCUUAUUAUCUCAAUAAGCAGUAACAAAACUGCACAGUGUACUUUGAAUUGAAUGUAGUGUAGUUGGGGAAACUGGGCUACAGGUGAGAGUGAGUUGUGUCAGUAUGUGGUUCUUGUGUAACGCACAAGAAGAUAGUCAGGCAUUUUUAUUCAGGGUUAGAACAUUUUAUUUAGCUCACAUUAUUAUGUGUAAGGAGAUGAGUGAUGGGAAGAUAAAAUAUCAUCUUUAUCAAUAGGCGAUAAAGGAGAAAAGUAGGGAGAUUGUGUUCUAUACAAAAACACAUUCUAAUACUGAUCAUCUGAAGUAAUUUGACUAGCAAAGUGUCCUCUUUCAAAAUGUCAGUUGACUUUCUUGUCCUGUACACUUCUGGUUUCCCAACAAAAUAGUCCAUAUAAAUGUAUUUUCCUGUAGAUGAAAGUAAACCUAAUUGUGUGCCUCUCAAUAUUUCAAAUGGACAAAGAGUGACACUAUAGUGGUGUGACCAAUAACAGAGCUUUUCAGGGAAAUUUUAGGUGACUUACUAAUAACAAUUUAUGCAACGAAAAGAACACAUUUUACUUAAAAAGACAGUUUUCUAAACACAUUGUAGUUUAAAGUCAAAUUGCUGUAAACAUUAUUGCAAUGGAGCUAUGUUAUUCACACCGGCAUUAUGGAGCUCUUAGAAAAAGCGGGGACAUGAGGGACAGAGAGAUCAGAGUUAAAUAGGGAAGCAAUGUCAUUGUAAUCCUUACUGCUGCGGUCAUGUCAGUGUGUGUUCUUUAAUUGUAUUAUAUAUAUUUUUUUUAUCAUUUAUCAUGUUAUUCAUGCACCUGAAUGCAUUGAGAAUGAUCCGUUGACUUUAUUUAAUUGGUGGUCAUUCCACUAUUUACAUGUUUUAUAGAUAACAGCCAAAAUGAUCUGAUUAUAUGUAUUCAUAGCAUUCAUAAAUGCGUAUAGUAUUCAAACCAUAAUGGUAAUCAUGGUGGGUGUUGUAGUUCUGCAUGUUGGCUGCCAUUGGCCAGAACAUACACAAUGUGCUCCCUUAAUACUUGCAUAUAAAAAAAGGAAAGGGGAAAAAAUGACAAAAUUCUGAAAUGUAAUUUUAAACUUCCAGUAGAGGGCAGAGUAAUACAGGUCUCUGAUCUCUCCAGCAAAACAUCAGCACUGAAUGUGAAUAUUUGUGCAUGCAUUUUAUCAGGUCUGUCUUUUGUAUCUGUACAGGCCAGACAAUGCUGUACCAGGAGACGUUCUUGUGCUGACCAAACCUUUAGGAACCCAAGUGGCUGUAGCUGUCCAUCAAUGGCUAGAUAUUGUAAGUACGUUUUAAGUGGUUCUAAUGCACCAUCUCAGUCUGAAGAACCUUUUCAGUAAAAAAAUUUUUUUUUAGUUUUGACAGGACUUAGGGCACCAAAGCAGUUGGGGGUGGGAGGGGGCAAAAUUGCAAAUCCCUUGCCUCAGAUUUUUUUCCAAUAACUGCAGCCUACCUGGCUCUCCCUGCUGGCUGCCCGACCACCAGUGAUAAGGUUCUCUCCCCCCCCUCCCCCCCCGGCCCAAGGUACGUUUCUAGGGAAGGGGAGUACAUUUUUUAGUGUUUUGGUUUUAAUUAUUUUUAAUCAAAACUUUAGUUUUUUUAGGGAUGUGCAUGGGCAAAAAAUUUGGUUCAGUUCAGAAAUUCGCGUAAGAAAUUUUUUUUUUUGUCUGCUUUGAUAAUUCGGACCAAUAGCGUUCGGUUCAGCACUUCCGGAAUUCAGAACUUAGGGAAUUUGGACCCUAACUCUAACCCACUUCAGCAAUUUGUAACUUUGGUAAUUCGGACCCUAAACCACUUGGGCACUUCGGAAAUUCGACAAUUCGAACUUCGUACAUUCGGAACGAAAUGAAUUGCACAUGUUUAUUGUUUUUUAUGCAGCCUUUCUCUACAACCUCUGAGUCUCCCUCUACAGCCCCUGUGGACUGUUUGUUUGAUUGUGUGAUUGCCUAUCUUUGUGGCUGUGUGCCUGUAUGAUUGUGUGUUGCAGGAAAAAGACACACAAAGGGCCCUGGGGGAUGGGGGGAGACAAAUAAAACUGGGUAUUUGGAGAGAACGAUUCACAGAAAAGGGCUAAGGGAAAGAAAGAGACACACAAAUGGGUGGGGGAAGUAGGAGAUACACAAGGGGGGUUGUAAGACCUCCUAAAGGGGUAAGAAAUCCAAAAAGGGCAUUACUAACACAAGUAAAUAUCACAUUUUUUGGGUGCGGGACAAAAUGCAUCUUCGCCUAUGUAGCCAAAAAUUCUUGCACCGGCCCGGCUUGCAGCCAAUUGUUAGAGGUAGGUUUUUAUCUAUUCAAGUAGGCUGAGUGCAUGGUCAAUUGGUCUGUAAAUAAGUUUCAUUUUAUAUUUUCAUAAAAAUACUUAUUUCUUUUGAAAGAGGACUACAACUAAACUACAUUGAUAAUGCAGAAUUAACACUUCUGUAUUGUCAGCGUCCAUUUUGCCAGCAUUGUCAACCAAUUGUUGUCUAGAGUGGCCUUAUUAAUGCUGCAGUGUUAAUUCAGCCUUUUCAAUAAGAUGGGGAGAGCCCGUGGGUGCUGAGUAGAAACUUUGGUUAAUCUCAAACUAGAGAUCCCUUUUUUGACAAUGGUUGUGGUAGAAGCAGUCCCAGUACUUCCAGAAAGGCCUCUGACCUUGCCAUAAGGGAGUAAGCAGUCCCCUCACAUUGGACCAAGAGAGAGCCAGGGAGCCCCCAUCUGUAGGGUAUUCACGCUUGUCUCAGUGAGGCUGUCACCAGUCUAAAGGACUUGCGCCAGAGUACGGUGGCUCUGGUAAGGUCUUGAAAGAACAACAGCUGGGAGUUCUCAAAGGUCUCUUGUCUUUCAGGGCCAUCAUGAUUUGGAUCUUGUCAUUUACAGUCACACAGACCAGUAUGACAUCCCUAGCCACUGCAGUUUGAGUGCAUGCAGUGCCAGUUAAACUGUAUAUCCAGUCUAAGAUAACUUUCUUGGUUGUUGCUGGUGGCAGUUGUAGAAAGCAAGCACCUGGCAGCUUCGAUUGAGACCGUGGUGGGUAUCCCCUGUAUUUUGAUGUGCAUUCUGCUCUGCCGGUCCUUCGUGGAAAUUAUUUGGGUGGCCAGCAUGUGUUGCUCAGAUUGGAGGUGCAGCACCAAGUCCUGGAGGUUGGUCACCGUGGUUUGGACUUCUGUCAUAGUGUCCUCUUUAUGUUUGACACGGUCUGUAACCUGUUGUAUGUCCAUUUUAACCAGUGCGACGUUGGCUGCCAACAGCUUUUGUAUGUCAGCAAGGAGGAUUUCGAGAUCACGUUUUGGUUGUUGGGGCUUUGUCGUCGGGGGAACUUGCAGCUAAGGCUGGGUCUGCCUGGAGGAUCUCUAAGGUGCUGGGCUCCUGGCAGUCCAGGCCAGAGGCUGCAAUGGGCUCCGAUGGGUGCUCUGCCCUUGCAGGCCCAGUUUGCGCUGUGUUUUUUUCAGCAUCUCCCCUAUGUCCCUACCGGUUGUGGUGGUUACAGGCUUUUUGCGUGCUCAUGUUAGGUGUUUCGGAUGGAGUGCUAGGCAGAUAUUGCUCAGCCAUGGCUCGCGCCUCCCCCGGUCCGCCGAGUAGGGACUUAAAGCCUAGAAGUGGUAAUGUGUGGUAGGCUGUUGCCUUCCACCGCCGCCUGGGCUGCUUCAGAGCCUAAAGAAGGACAUCGGACAGCUUUGUUGGCAUUUAGGAUUAUGUGGGAGCUGGAUGGCUGCAGGUUGUGGGAAAGCUAGCCGAGAUGGUGUCCGCUCAGGAUGGCAGGUAAGCUUUGCCCCUUUAUUUUUUAUUUUUUUAUUUUUUUUAUUAUUAUGGACAAAGGGGGUUUCAAUUUGAUGUGACCUAUACAUAUAUAAAUUCUCACUCAUUAUAAACAAAAAGUAAUUCAAAAUUAAUUGUAUCAUGUCCUUCUUUACUGAGCAUGUCAUGUCCAGAAUUUUAGUUUAUUUUUGGUAGUUACCAUUCACAAAGUACUUGGAGUAAUAUAAAAUGUAAAGCAAUUUUUGAAUUUGAUAGGCUUGUCUUCGAAGCUCAAAAGCCAUCACUUUUUUUAUUAUGUUCAGCUACCUUUUUUGAGUAAAACAGUACAAUGUAUGCCUUUGUCACUAUCAUUUGAAGCUCCAGUGCCAUAUAAGAGACCUGACCAUUUCAGUUUUUACAGUUUUAGAAUUUUGAUAGAUGGAUUUGAUCGGUCUGUCUAAUAUUGUGCAUUAUAGUGGUUUGACUGUUCAAAUUACCCCCCAAAGACCUACCAUUUCUAAAAGUAGACGCUCCAGGGUAUCUUGUAUGGCGUAUGUUGUGCAUUAACUUGCUCUCAUAUUGCCAUAUGUUGACUUUUCCGGUACAUAUUUAUUUUAUUUACUUUUUUUUGCAUUUACAGAAUACAUUACAUUUUUGAUGGGUAUUUGGCAACUCUAAUACGUGCCAUCCUCCAAAGUAUUCUCUUCUAACUCCUCUGAGUUUGUCUUGCACAGCAAUAUGCCCUGAGUACAAUACCCCACGUCUAGACUGUACGUACGUUUGACGGGUGCUCAGCAACCUAUUGUUCCUGCAACAUUUUGUAAUGGUCUAAUUUGUUUUUAAACUUCCCCCUUUUUAUAAUACUGUAAAGCUCUGCUGAAUAGGUUGGCGCUAUACAGAUGCCAAUAAUAUGUAUAACUUUUCAAAGUAGCCAUCUUAAUCCUAUCCCUAAUUCUAAUCAAAUCUUUAUCAUAAACCUCAUCCAUCUUGUAACCCGUACCAUAAUCCUAUGCCUAAUUUUAAUCUUAAUAGAAGCAAUGGUGAAAUCAUCAGAGAGAUUCCUUUGCUGUCCUUGGUCCCAAUAAACCCUAAUCUGGAACUAAUCAUUAUAUUAAUUAUCCUAAACAUAAAUGUAAUGCUAAACCGAAUACUUAUCCUAAAGCUAAUCAUAAUCCCAAGGAGAUAUUAUAUAGGGAAUUAUUAGUGCUAUAUCUCAUGUCAUGCUGAAAAACAGCCAGUAGAUGGCAGCAACAUACCAGUUUUUUGCUAUCAUACUGAAAAUGUUGAUACCUUUACACUGUGAUCAGUGCUCGGCAACAAAGACCUGGAGGAAGACCCACAAGCAUGCAUCACACAGAGCAUCUCACUGGUUGAACAUGAUCUCUCAGCCACCAUGUGCUCCAUAGAUUUUUAAUGUGCUCUGUGCAGUGCUGAAUUUCAGACCUGUAUGUCAUGGGUUAUCAAGGAGAGCUAGUGGUAGAAGUUCCACAUAGAAUUGCUGGAACAUAUGUAAAUGCCUUUGACGCAGGAACUUCCUCUGACCAGAUCUCAUUGUCUGCUACAGCUUGAGGUAGAUGGGAAAAAAUAAAUCACUUUUGAACCAUUUUGGCCAUUUUUCAUCAUACUGGUAACAAAUGUGGUUUUUUUGGUGGGGGAGGAGGGGGUUUGGGAUUUUUUUUUUUUUUUUGGUUUGUUUGUUUUUUUGUUUACCACAAAGAAUAGAUUAGUGGUGUAUUUAUUUUCCAUUUAUUUAUUUGCAUUCUUAAAUACUAAUUUCUUACUUUGUUCUCUUCUCUUUUGCAAUACCAGCCAGAAAAAUGGAAUAAAAUUAAGUUGGUGGUAACCCAGGAAGAUGUAGAGCUGGCAUAUCAAGAGGCAAUGAUGAACAUGGCAAGGCUAAAUCGAACAGGUAAUUCUUGAAGAUAUACAUUUGACCAUUCUUUCUAAAAGCAAUGGGGAUAUUUAUAUUUAUUAAAAGGUAGGUGUUAUAAACCUGUUUCAAAGCCUGUGAUUUUAUUAGCUGAAAACUGUGACAGAACACCUGGUCACCUAGGACUUGUACCUGCCUCCUAACCACCACAUUCCCCUAAAAGGACUAUAAUCACCCACUUAUGCCCCUCCAGACUGUGCCUCCAAGCAUAGCACCCUUUUCAAUGGCCCAGGAGACAUCAGAGACCGGGAUGGAACUCUCAGACAUGGUGCACCUGACCAGGAGCAACUCACAAAAGUCCUGGAACUCCUAAUUGGAUCACAAAGCUACCGUGAUCAGGUAAAAUUUACCUCAAGAUCGCUCUUGGUCCCAGGGUCACCAAACAAGGCUCUAUUUGGAGGGGCGAGAGAGGAGUUGGUGAGGCAUCAAACAAUACCAAGGACUCGAGGGAGCUCCAGGUACCAACAGAAGGGUGACCAGAACAUCCCACCCAGCCCUAUUGAACUCCUCGCGGGAUCGGAGGAUGUUCGCGGCCUAGUCAAAACUUAACAUCCAAACUAUUCUUGCUAGACACCUCUAAUCCGAGUGCUUUUUUGGCAGUAUGGGUGCUCAGGGAAGUGCUACGCAGGGGUGGCACUAGUUUGGCGGUAUGGGCACAGGAACCCAUGUUUUGUAUGAAAAUGUUAUUCGGCCCCAAGGUAUCUUUAUCUUUACCCAGAUAAUUUUAUUAGUGGGGCAGACACCUAGGUGCCACGUAUUGUGCAAUGUCUAUUGUUCUCCUGGUGACCCCCUGUUGGGCACCCAGGUAUAAAAGGUGGCGACAUCCAAGCUACCUGCGGGUAGGCCACUACAAAAAUGCUAAAAACAAAGAAUUGAAUCUGUGGAAAUGCAUUUUUAUGAUACCAGUGCACACUUUCAAGGGUUUUUUUAUUUUUUAUUUUUUUAUUAUUUUAAUAAAACACUAUGGGCACCAAUACAGCUUAAUGCAUUUGAUAGGUGUUAAUGUUUCUUCAUUGACGCCAAGUAAUAAAACAACUAUAGUCACCAGUUCUACACUACACAACAGCACAGCUUAAUGUUAUGGUUAUGGUUACUAUAGCCUAUGUAGAAGGCGGCUUUUUAAAUGUAAACUCUGCCUUUUCAGAAAUGCCUCUAGUGGCAGUCACUCAAAUGGCUACUAGAGGUGCUUCCUAGUCCAGUGCUCUGCGCGGAGACACUGAACAUUCCCCAUUAAGAUGCAUUGAUUCAAUGCAUAUCUGAGAGGAAAUGCUGAUUGGCGCAGCGUAGCGUUUUACUUCAUAUGCACAGUAGCCUCCCGAUAAUUUUUUUUUUAUGGAAUAGCAUUACUUUGGCUGAGAUCAUGAUUGAUUGAUCUCAGCCAUGUAGGCAGGGCCAGCAACCACAAUACCAUUGUUGGAGAAAAGGUAUAGUUAAAACCUUUACAUAAUUAUAUGGGGGGCUGGAGAGAUAAACAGGUUAGCACUAUAUGGUUAGGGACUCAUGUUUUAUUCUUGACAUUGUUGUGUUCCUUUUAAUGAAGCAGUUUUAGUAAAUAGAUCAUGCCCCUGUAGUCUCAUUGUUCAAUUCUCUACUAUUUAGGCGUUAAAUAACUUUAUUUAGCCGUAGUCACACAUACCCUGGCUGUAACUUUCUCGUUUUUUAAAUAGAAUUUUUAUUUUUUUAUUAAGUGAUCUACUUAAAUGGUCUCUUUAACACCAGUUGCUAGGUAGUGUCAAAUUCGGUAUAUGAUUUUUGGCUAUAAUGGACUAUUUAGUCCAUAUAUAAUGGACUAAAAUAUUUAACAAAAAAUGUAAAAAAAAAAUUUGUAUAGUGUGUGUUUGUCCUCUCCUGGCAGAACGUUUUGCUAAUUUUGUUAUGUUUUUUUUUUUUUUUUUCUGUUUUGUCUUUUCAGCGGCUGGACUCAUGCACACAUUUAAUGCACAUGCUGCUACUGAUAUAACAGGGUUUGGAAUUCUAGGACACGCACAGAAUUUGGCCAAACAGCAACGAAAUGAGGUUUCCUUUGUUAUCCAUAACUUGCCAGUUUUAGCCAAGAUGGCUGCUGUGAGUAAGGCCUGUGGGAAUAUGUUUGGACUCAUGCAUGGAUCCUGUCCUGAAACAUCAGGUGAGAGUCACUAGCUUGCAAAAUCAAACCUCAGACCCUGUUGUUUGGAACCCUCCAUGAAGCUAAUUUGUGCAGUGCAACAGGCCAAGAAUUCGAAAAAUACCAACUUAAACCACCCUUAUCAUUUUAUUUAUUUUUUGAGGACAUCAAAGAUUUAUUAAAAACUUUUUUGUUUCUGGAAACUCAAUGUCAUGGGAAUUUUUUUUAUGUUUAAACAUGCAGAUUAUAUUUGUCUUCUUUUUCUGUGAAAUCCAGUAGAAAUAUUUAUUUAUUUUUGUUUCUUUACUGACAUGCUAGUGGCCCACUAAUACUAGAAACUGCUGCUUUAAGGAGCAGUAUUUUUUAAUUUUAAAACUCUCACCCUAUCUGCCCAGUUUGUUUUUUGUUUUUUAAAUCCAUUUCUCAGUGCCCCUAUCAUUUUAUUUAUUUUUGUGUGUUUUGUACCCACUGGAAGCCAGGGAAAUGCUGAAUACUCAAGUUGUGUUAGUGCCCCAGAGUGUAACUUUAAUAUUUCUUCUUGUUUUUUUUUUUUUCUCCACAUUCAAAUAUCUCUAAUGCUUCUUAGAAAAAAUAGCCAUAACGUGGCCAUACCUUCCCUUUUCACCCUGAUUGGGCAGUAAACCGUGUAGCUUAGCCAAUGAAAAAUCGUUGUGAUUUGAGAUGCUGACUUGACUCCACUCCACAACCAAUUACUGCCUUAUUAUCUGUAAUGGAGACUUGAAUAAACUCCACAAGCAAAUCCUGGAUACGUUAAAUUUGGGCAUGGAUAAAAAUGAAUUUGAAAUAGUAGUAUACAGUUGAUUUGUGCAAAAAUUUGUUUUGACUGGUUCGUCUGUUUCAGUUGAAAGGAAGCAAAUAAUGAGGACAGUGUCUGUGGGUGCCCAGAAUGUGCCUGUAUGUGUCAUUGCAAGACACAUUAUUGUGACUAGAUUUAUAUUCAUAUUCAUUUUUUUAUUUUUAUUUAUUUUUGUGUGUGUGUAUUUAUAUGAAACCCAAUUAGGCCAUCAAAGCUGUAUCCUUUUUGUAAUGAAGAUGAAAUGUGUCUAAGGUGCAACAAUUUUGAAAUGCAUAGUAAUAUUUUAAUUUUUUCAUAUAUAUUUUUUAUUAUUUUAGGUUUGUUUUUUUUGUCAUGUGUUUUAUUGAGGCAUAUAGAAAACAGACGUAACAUCCAAUCAUAGUUUGUUAAUGUAACAAUAUUAUAGUACAAUACGGCCAAAGUAAGUGCCAAUAGUUUCUGGAAAGGCUUUCUUGGCUGAGCUCUCUGCCUUCCGCAACAUCGUGGAGUAGGCAUGGCCUCUUAAAGGAGCAUCAGGGACCUAAAGCACGUGUACGGCAAUUGCCGAGCACACAUUCGCUUUCCCAUAGGAUAACACUGAAUCCAUGGUUUUCUAUAGUCAUGUGACUGGGUUUUACGGAAUGAUACUUAUGCGUACUUUUUAGUAAAUGACAGGAUCCUUUAGUUAGUCUCUAUAGUGCAUGUAUAUGGGGUGAGUGUCUCUAUCUAUUUUUUAUACAAAUAUGCGAUUUCAUAUUCAUUCAUCUGUGUACAGAAAGCCCACAUACAUGUACAGCUACCUCUACAAUUCCAGCUUCCAUUAUUUAUAUAUAUAUAUAUAUAUAUAUAUAUAUAUAUAUAUAUAUAUAUAUAUAUAUAUAUAUAUAAUAUCAUUUCUAUCCAAAUAGGUUAUGGUGGGGAAAAAUUGUGAUUGAAAACCCCUUCCACCUGAAGUCUAUGGAUAGUUAAUACAAUGUUAAACAAAAAUCUUCACACCAGUCAAGCCAUAAGAAAUCCCAAAUCUGCAGUGAUGUUACAACUGCAAAGGAUUCUGGGUGGGCAUAUGCAAAUUAGUUUAACAAAGAAUCACAUUUUUGCCCACCAUAACCUAUUUGGAUUUUGCUUCCCAAGCACUGCCAAGCCUCAAUAAGCAAACCAGUAACCAACCUCAUGCUGAAGAGUUGCAUUAACAACGAAACAGCUGUCCAUGAGUGGUUCACUGGUUUUGCAUAUUUUUCCUAAAUUGUGUUCCAAGCAGUUGUAUACUACGAACACAGAUUAAAAGGAAUCCAUGUUUAAAAUGGAAUGAGGCAAAAAUUUUAUUCUUUGUUAAACUAAUUUGCAUAUGCCCACCCAGAAUCCUUUGCGGUUAUAACAUCACUGCAGAUUUGGGAUUUCUGUGGGAAAAGCAAGUCUUGUGGCUUGACUGGUGUGCAGAUUUUUGUUUAACAUUGUAUUAUAUAUAUAUAUAUAUAUAUAUAUAUAUAUAUAUAUAUAUAUAUAUAUAUAUAUAUAUAUAUAUAUAUAUAUAUAUAUAUAUUCACACAUAAAGAAAAUGGGACCAGUCAAUGCAAAAAACCUCGCUGCAAACUGUGCCAGCACAGACAACACAGCCACACACAACAAUAAAACCUACGGCAUUAAAGGUUCAUACUCCUGCACAUGCAGCAAUGUGGUAUACUUGAUUCAAUGCAACAAAUGCCACCUAGGAUGCUACAUUGGGGAAACCACCCAGCCAUUAAAUGGCAGAAUGAAUAAGCACAGACACUCUAUUAAACACUACAAAGAAGAAUCCUACUGCACUCCUGUGGGACACUGCUUUACCCAGCCUGGCCACUCAAUGAAGGACUUCAAAGUUCUGAGAGGAGGUUUUAAAAAUACCCAAGAAAGAAAAGCUUUUGAAGCCAGAAUGAUCCAAUUGUUUAACAACAAGCAUAGUGGACUAAAUAUUGAUUUGGGUUUCCUGUCCCACUACCAACACUUUAAAUGAACACACCCCCACAUUAUUUUACUGUUCUGUCAUAUGUAUCAAAACCUUAAAACUCAUUCCAGUAUAUUUAUUCUAUCAAUAUACAAAGUACUAUGUGUAGACCUAUGAUUUCCCAUACUCUUGUGCAUGUAUGCUUAUAUAUGUGACUGUGCAUUUAUAUUUGUGUAUGAGUUCAUGUGCAUGUAUGUAUGUAUGUAUGUGUUUGUGUUUAUGUGUAUGCAUAUACAUAUGUGUACAUAUAUAUGGGUCUAUUUAUGUAUUGGUGCUUGUGUGUGGAUGUAUGUGUAGGUGUGCAUGUACAUAUAUUUGGGUAUUUGGUUGUAUUUAGAUGUAUAUUGUUGUGUAUAUACUUAUACUAGAUGUGUAUACUUGUACAUAUACACUACUUGUGUAUAUGUUUGUGUGUGUGUGUGUGUGUGUGUGUGUGUAUGUAUGUAUGCGUAUGUAUGUAUGCAUGCUGGAUAUAAUCCUUCUUGGAUGGGAAUUCAUGCAUUCUUAUUAUUAGUAAUUAUUUUGUUUUUACUCUUCCCUUCUAGCACCAUCUUCUGCACUGUUUUUCUCUCUCUCUCUCUCUUCCCUCACUCUGUUCUUUACACAAGAUAUUUACGACCCUCUGUGAGAAUGGUGUCUGUUUACAAUCAAACCUGUGUCUUAUCUGCACUCAUAUCGCUUUAACCCCCUGUAUUACAACUCAACUUUGAAUUCUAUGGGUUGUCUUGCUCAGAAAUGCUUUAGACUUGAGAAAGGGAGGUUCUACUGAAAGCUUGUCAUUAAAAAAUUGUUAGUCGAAUAAAAAAAGGUAUUAUACAAAUUGUUUUUUUUUUUUUUACAUCUACUCACACAUACGUAUACUAACCCAUAUGUAUCCUUGCUGAGAGCCAGAAGCUAUUAUUCUCUGGAAUUGCUAGUAUUGAGAAUUUGGUAUCAUUUUUAUUUUGAGUUUUCAUAGUUCCUGAAAAUAUAUCUAAAGGUUUAUGGCUGUUCCAUGUGGUUCUCCAGAAACUCAGCAAAGUCUUUAAUUGCUUAACCGCUUGAAUGUAACAAGUGCUGUUCUAUUUUUAUUACAGGAGGUCUCCUCAUCUGUUUGCCGCGAGAGCAAGCUGCACGUUUCUGUGCCGAGAUAAAGUCACCGAAGUAUGGAGAGGGUCAUCAAGCAUGGAUUAUCGGCAUUGUAGAAAAAGGCAAUCGUACUGCCAGAAUCAUAGACAAGCCACGAAUCAUAGAAGUUGCCCCUCAAGUGGCCACGCAAAAUGUAAACCCAACACCUGGUGCCACCUCUUAAUCUAGGCUAAUAUAGCUUUUUUUUGUUUUUCUGUUUUUAAAUAGACCCUACUCCUUACCAUCAUACAAUUUAAAUAAUUGUAAAGAAAAAUAUAUAUAUAUAAAUAUAUAUCAUUGUGUCUGCCCAUUUUGCGGCCUUCGGUCACUUUAGAAUGGGUAUGAUUUAAUAAAUAAAAAUCCAUUUGCCUUGGUUUUUUUGGGGGGGGGGUUGGGGGAGAGGUGUGUUUUUUUUUUCUGUUACAUUAACUGAAGAUGCACCUAAUCUUGAGGCAGCUUCUAAGUUGAAGAAUGAUAUUGUUAUCCGAUACAGUUGAUUCAUUUUGAAUCUAUAGACACUUAUCUCUCGCCGCGUAGGCUCUUUUUUAAAGGUGCUUUCACUCAGCACAGACAUUGCCAUUAGUAGUGUCAAAUAAGCAGUUAGUGUCUUCAUUUAUAUGUGUAUUUAUCAUUAUUCGUCUGACAAUGUUGGAUGCCUUUUUGGAAGUUCUAAUGGAGAGGCAAUAAAUCAGAUGUGGGUUUCCGACAUCGGAGGGUGCAUGAUUCCUCUUAAAAUAUGACUUGUUUAUUUAGGCAGGGGCACUAAAUGCCUUGUACCCUCCACAAGUUAUAUUGCUUAGCGCAUUCCUUAAUCUGAUCACUGUUGACUAUACAAUAUUUCUGUAUAAUCAGCAUUGAAGAGUAUUUGGGGCGUUCACUAUGCUAAAAGCACUUCUGUUGAAGAUUCCUUUGUUUUCUUUAGCCCUUGCAAUAUUUACCGCAUUAACUCUUGUUUUCUUAUUGGUAGCAGAGGAGAAUCUAUUUGUGGCAAGAGUACAAUAUUAUUGUAAGCCACAUGCAGCAAAAGAAUAAGGUUGCUGAUGUCACUUAAAUUCAGUAAUUCUAAAUGUGCACACACUUAAACACUUUUUAAGUAUAAUCAAUAACCUUUCUGUUCUGUGGUUGAUAGUGUUUCAUACAUUUUUAUAUUUUGUAUAGUGAUUACAUGCCUUUAUAUUUUGUUUUCUUUAUAAAUCAGCAGCUGUUAAGUAGUUGGUAGCUCUUUCCUUUCCUACUUUUGGUGCAUGAGUUUGUGAUCUAAUACAAUUGAAAUUGACAUUGCCAACAUUGCAGCUUAAACUCCAAACUUGUUAUUCAAAUAAAUAUUUAAUUUUUUUUAUUGCUCUUGUAAAAACUGCUGUUGUUUCAUUUAUUAUGUAUAGUAAUCUACCUUGAUACACAAAAUAAGGUUAACUGAUAAAUUUGCGUGUGUGUAUGCAUAUGUCGUGGAUGUGUUUUAAUUAUAGUGUAUUGGUGUGUGUAUGUAAUGAUACCCUGCAUUGUUCAUAAUCCAUGUAUUUUAAUUUGUGUUGACUAAAGUUUUUUAUUUUAACCUUCUGAGAUGUAAACUCUAAUCUAACAAACUUGUGUAAAUGUAGGUGGUCGUCUGACAUGUGCCUCCCCCUCAAAAACACUGACUUGGCUUAUUUUUCAUGAUAAAAGUUGUUAAAUUUGACUUGCUCUUAAAGGAAGACUAUAGCAUUAGGAAUACAAACAUGUAUACCAAAUUCCCUACCUAUUUAGGUCUGAGGGUUUAAAACCGGUUUAACUUUCUUUUAUUUACUGUCUGGCUGAGAUUUAAUAUUUAUUAACUCUGUCACACCCAUAUGAAAGCAUUGGGAGGCUAGUGCUCUCUACGUGUCUGACUCUGUUAUUUAAUAAAUUAUCGUUCAUUGGAAGAAUCUCCAGUGGCUGUCAUGAAGACACCCAGCAAAGGUGUCUGCCGUUGUGAAAACUCUGGAAAGUUUUUAAUUGCAUUUGCAUUGCAGGCUUAAAGCAAUAGUAGCACUACAUGGAAAAUGAAGUAGUCUGGGUGCCUUAAGUGUCUUCUGUAACACCAGCCUCUGGUCUGCCCAGUCUCCUGUUUGAUUUAGUCAAAAAAGCUCACCGAUCCGGUUGAAGAAGCCAUGCUGCAAGUGGCGAAACGCGUCCCGGUGUUUUUGGACAUUUACCAUUUUAUUUUUAAUUUAUAGUAUUCCAAUAAAUUUAUUUGAUAUUAUUUUA